UGAACCCAUCAAUUCCCGGACACUGAGUGGUCUCAUCUCUGAUCUACCAAGUAAAGAGAGGCUUAUAGAGGGUUACCGUAUUUACUAUAGCCUGAGAAAACAGAAAACAGCUGCCAUUUCACAAUGCCACCACUGUUUCCCCUGACAAACGAUGUCUGAGAAAUGAGCACAGAAAUUCCAUACUGAUGGCAUGUUACUACCCAGAUCUGGGUAGUACUUCUGAUUGGUUGAAGCAAAUUUCCCAGGCGGCACGACCAAUCAGAAGCACUACCCAGAUCUGAAAGUGCAUCUGAUAAUGGGAAGUAUUUACAUUCUCUGUCACUGUCACUAUGUUUAGCCCUGCCAAAUGUAAAUGAAUUAAACAAAUUCAAGGACUUUUCAAGAUGACUACUAAAAUUCAAGACCUUUUCAAGAUUGUGCAAACUAUGAUGGUAACUUACUCGUUUCUCAGCCAGGCUUUUUUCGUUCUCCUUCUUCCUGCUCUUGGCCACCCAAGAAGCAGCAGAAUCAUCAUCAUCACUAUCUGCUGCACCCAGACUUUUUACUUUACUAUGCAAGAAAAGAUACAAGCCACAGUUCAAUGGAAGUUUUUGCAAGAUAAAUUUAAUAACAAUGAGAAAAGAGACAGUAUAGAUUGUAGUAAUGAUUACUAUUUUGCACAAGUAUUGAUCAAGAACCAGGGACACAUUCCACCUGCAGCUGUAAUGAAGAGAUUUUGCAUGGCCUACUUCCAGCUAGUCUGCUACACAGCCGUUUUUAGUGUCGUCACGCAAGGGAGGAGCGUUGCGUGACGACACUAAAAACGGCUGUGUAGCAGACUAACUUCCAGCUGACUUGUGCAUGAUUCAUAUUAUAGCUCAUAAUUAAAUAUUUUAGGUUAAAAUGUUUCAAUUAAGGUUGAUUAUCAAUUUCCUUUGUCUCCUAGCCCUAAAUCACAGAUAAUUACAUUAUUAGAGCUAGGAGAAAAAGACCACAGUUAACUGAAAUUCAGUUUUGACCUAUAACACCUUGGUGUGCAGUUCAAACAGUAAAGCGUUGGUUGUGCAAAAGUAAGUCAUAGGGUCACCUCCACAAGAAUAAUGGAAUUUUUUCUCCUCUUCACAGAUCAAUAAAAUAAUAUCAAUAUUUUCUACUAUGAAAGCUUCUAACGAUAAGACAAAGUUUUCUUAAAAUCAGCAGGGAAAUUGAGAAAGGAGACCAAACAAUAAUAAUUUUUAGUGCAACUACAUGUAAUGGACAUGUACAUGAGAAUCACAUGUGUGUAUACGUACUUAUUCUUCUGUAAUUUUUGUACAAAUUGACAUUUAACUACUAAUUAAACUCACCCUAGUUUCUUGUUUAUUCUUCUCUUUUCUCUCAUUUCUUCCAGCUUUCUUUUAAACUAAAUAUUAUUGUAAUAGUGUAUAAAAAGACAGAAUUAAAUUUUACUUGGGUGUGUCUCGUUCUUCAUGCAACAAGACAUCAUGCAGAAACACUUACAGGGGACAUGUACAUGAAGCAGUAUAAAUUAUGAAUUUUCCAGGAAAGAUCAAUAAAUUUGACUCUUCUCGUAAUUAUCAGUUCUCCUCGACAAUUCCACACAGUAAAUGCACAAUGUACAAAGCAGAACAAAAAGAUGUCAAGCGAAAAAAAAAUCAUCUUCGAGAAUCAGUGGUCACACACGUAGCCUGUAAGCAAACUCUCUCAGCCAUGACUGGGUUCAACAGGAGAAAAUGGGAGAAAAAGGGAGAGAAAGAAUCAUGAAUUUAGUUGUAUUUUAGAGAAUUUGCCUUACUCAAAGUUCAACAUGUACCUAUACAUGGGUGGGUCUUAACUUUUAUAUUAAUUCUUACAGGCACUACAAUAGACCUUCCACAUUUUUCCCUUCAAUUUUUGACUAGUACAUGUAAGUCAGUAAUCCAAAGGUGAUAUGCCCACAAAGCAAGCAAAGAUAAUUAUUGCAAGCAAAAUUUUUGUGGACAUUUGUACCGUACGCUGGUGGUCUGUGUGUGUGUAGGGGGAACAUCUGGCCCCCACCAUACAGUGUACCAAUGUCUGUACAUUUUUAUGACUUUGCACAGCUAUAUCUUUGUUAGAUUCCAAAAAAUCACUUUCAAAUAUGGCGGCUUUACAGAUUUUAAGGCGUUCUUUCCUGUCAUGUUGACAGUUUAUUGCUCACUGGUCAUAGUCAAAAUUUUGAAAACAACCAUGGAGAUGUCUAUUAGAGCAAUUUACGUAUGACCUUGAAAUGAAAAUGCGCAAACAAUACAGAAACAACAAAAGAACGGAAAUAGAGCAAAUUGAUUGGUUUAUUGAACAGAUACAAAUGCAGGUGGCUUUUGGUUGGUUAAGGGAACACUUGGCUGAAAAAACUUCAUGCCCAAGAACUUGCUGGAAAUCAACCGAUACUUUGCUGUGAUGUCAUACUGCAACAUGAUUGGCCAAUCAAAUAAUGCCCUCUCCAUAAUGAUAUUAGGGUGAAAACGAAGAGGCCCUGUUUUGAUCUUUUCAUCCAUUGACUGUUAAAACAAAUAAUGUACACUUACUGAAACCAUUGUUCAAGGUCAUACGAAAAUCACUCUAACUGUCUCAAACUCCCACCAUUUUUUUCUAACUCUGAUUAUUUCAAAAGUUACUGGAAUCCCUAUUAAAGUAGCAUAUCUUUAUGUAAAAUUUUACAUGUACGUGUACAUAUAGUACAACUGUAAGCAAAGUUAGGGCAACUAAAACAACAAACUUACAUUUUCAGUUUCUUUCUGGUCAGAAAUGUUGGUUGCAGGAACAUGAACAUCUUCUUUGGAUGAAGUGGUUUUGCCUGAGCAGGAUUGAAAGAAAAAAUUGACUCUAAAGGUUUCAGGAUAUCAUACAUUCUGUACAAUGUACAUCUGUAUGACAAACUGCAUGAAUAAGUUCUACGCUUAAGUUAUUUUGAUGGUGAGGUCCAAUAGCUAUAGAUGAAUCCAGGUGAGGACAAAACAUGGACCAGGGGUCCAUGGACCCCCACUUUGGACCGGGUCCAUGGACCACUUUAUGGACCGGGCCCAUGGACCCCCUGUCAUGGACCGGGUCCAUGGACAGUUUUUUUAAUAACGAGAAAUGAACAAAAACAGAAAUAGUGCAAAAAUAAGUUAAAAAACAACAACAACAACAAACAAUGCUCUAUACCUGCCAACUCUCACGCCUGCAGGUUGAAAACUUCGAUCUCACGCCGGCUCACACCUGCGGGCCAAUUUCUCACGCCUGAUUGAAAAAUGUGAGUUGUUGCCGUCUAGCUUGACACAAUUUUCAAAAAUAUGUUAACUCAGACCCAUGUAAGGAACGAAAACCAUGUGUAAAAUGAAUAAAUGACAAUAUCUUCCUCUCGAUCUCUGAUUUUGUGGAUAAGCGUUUUCUCGAUAACUUAGCCUUUGGCAGACUUCAGACGUCUUCGGAAGACUUUGGACUUCUUCGGGAAUCUUCGGAAAUGAUUGUGUCGUCUGCAAAAAUCCCAGCACUCCCAGGAUAAAAAUCUCACGCUUAUAACUCAGAAAAAGUUGGCAGGUAUAAUGCUCGAUUGAUCAGUAAUGUUUAAUUGUGCUUACAAAGUGUAAAAAAAGGGGGGGAGGUCGGUACCUCAUGCCAAAAUGCUGCUUGUUCCAAUGAAUUGUUUUCUGUGAUGGGUAGAUUAUGCUUCGGAGGAAAACCUUUUGACUGAGCAAAUGUGAAUUUUUGCCGCUUAUUUCCUACUGGGAGGUCGUGACACACAUAUUGAUUUUCUACCUCUUUUAAAAUGUAAAGCUGUUCAUUGCGGCUGAUUGAAAGGGUGUUAGGUUGUUUAAUAUCUCCAAAGUGCAUCCUGGAUCUGAAUAAUUCUAAGCCACUUUCUUUUUGUCCACGAAUGUCAGUUUUUCCUGCAAUGUUUUGUCACGCUGGGCCCAGCUCCUUAGCGCUUUCAGCAGGACGAUUAUAAAUUCUCACGGAUAGUGAUUUACAGAUCCAGAUCGCGAAGAAGAAGAAGUGGCAAUGGAUUGUAGCUUAACCUGAAACUACAUCAACUAUAUAUGGAGAAUUGCGAUGUGACUCAGUCAUGAUUGCUCUAAAAGCAAUGAAUUCUUAACUCCAGCUUGUUUUUCUAAGGGUGAUGCGAGUCUUUGUACUGGAGCGCGUAAUUCCUCUCUUGAUGAUAACUUUUGAAUUAGCUUAAUUUAACAGUCUUGCAACUGCAUAUGUGCAAGCAGAGUGUACGUCAUGUAAGCUCAACUAAAUAUUUGUGAUCAAUCGUGAGCAUUGGUCGACAACGUCUUGUCAAAUCUUUUUUUGGCACUAUUUCUGUUUUUGAGUGUCCAUGGACUUAGUGCAAAACCUUCUUAUAAAAAUAAAAAAACUGUCCAUGGACCUGGUCCAUGACAGGAGGUCCAUGGACCUGGUCCAUGAAAUUGGUCCAUGGACCCGGUCUAAAGAGGGGGUCCAUGGACCCCUGGUCCAUGUUUUGUCCUCACCUGAUGAAUCCUUGUUUAUAGUUUUUGCCUCAUUAGCAUAGGCUUACAAAAUUUACAAAGUUCAUUAAUGUUUUGCCACCCAGUAAUUUUACAGUUUCUAAUUGCUGCUAUUUUCUUUGCUAAUGACUGCAAAGAGUUCAAACUUGAAAAAACUGCAUAAAUUAACCAGUUCUUGUAAUUUUUUAACCUAACUGGUAUAUUAACCCAUUCGCCCCUGAACCGCCUGUAACCGCUCCUGCGGAUCCACGUCCUUUCUUCCCUUUGUGACGCCAUCUGUUUAAACGGUCAAGGACAACUUUAUGCUUUUCUUGCCUCAUUUUUUUUUCUCUUGCUGGGCAUUUAGUAGGCUUCAUUUUGGUGGAAAAAGGUUUUGAGAAAGCUUUUGAGAAAGCUUUUUAGGAUUAUAUGAAAGGAAAGAUAGGUGGGUGGUGGAAAAAGAUUUGCCUGGAAAUUUUCAGGUCAAUGUUACAUGGUUUUUUUGCCUUUUUCUCUGGAGUCAUUGCAGGAGCGGAUCUAGGGGGAGGGUGCAGGGGGUGCGCACCCUCCCCUGAGAUGACCUGCGGUUUUCUAAUACAAUUGGUAUUCUGCAAAAAAAAAAAACUAUGUGAUUUAUUGGUGUUGAAGUAGAGCAAGAGACGAGUGCACCCCCUCCUAAAAAAAAUCCUGGAUCCGCCCCUGCAUUGACUGAAUAAUAAUUAUUGUGCUCAUUCUGGUAUGGUUUGAAAGAUCUCUUCACUCUGCACAAGUUAGCAGACAAAAUUGUCCUUGACCAUUGAAACUGAUGACAUCACAAGCGGUAGAAAAAACGUGGAUGUGCACGGACAUUAUGAGCAGCUCAGAGGCAAAUGGGUUAAUAACUUUAUACUUGCAACAAAAUUGACAGAAUUAAUUGAAGAUGUAAGAUGGUGUAUUUUGUUACAGGUCAAAUUUUGAUUUGAGGUGACUUUUGAAUUUACCUUUAGCUACAGGGUUGUAAGUUGAUCCUCAAUUUCUAUUGCCUUCUAUCUGUAGCUAGUCCUUACUAGUAGCCUACACCACAGAUGAAACUAAAUCUCUGGUUAAGUCCAUCUGCAAGCCAGGGCCGAGUUGUUCAGGGUUAGUGUGAGAUUUGAAUUCAGAUUUGCAAGCUUAAGAGCGUGUCUCCGUAAAAACCGACCAGUGAUUUUGGAUCAAAAAAUUAAUUUUCCUUAUAUUCUGGGAUAUUAAAGCCUCCACCUUAGUAGUUGCAAAAAUGCAUUUCGUUUGACCGAAAGUGAUAAAUAUAUUUUUUUACGAAUUUUUGAAUUUCCGGGCGGUCAGCGCCGGCGCCAUAGCCGUUCAAAGUGCGAAAAUCGCUAAUAUUGACCGCUCUAGAAAACAAACACCUGGCUUAAAAAGACUGAUUUUCUUUUCCGUAUUCAGAUACACCACUGUAGAUUUCCUAGCCGUAUCACAGUUCCGAAUUAUUUGUUUAUUUCCAACGGCAAUGAUUUUUUUCCCCAGCACGUGUUUUCGGCUUUCCAUCAAAACACCUAAAGUAGCUCAACUUUGAGGGUAAUUUUAAAAAAGUGUGGCACCUGUCUGAGCUUCGCUAUCUGUAUGAAUACAAUCUAGGAAUGAUAAUAAAACUCAAAAAGGAAUAACAUUUUUGUGCUCUCCACGUUUUCAGAAUAGGCCGCCGUUUGAAUUUCCAGAAAUUUCGUAAACCAGAUAAUUAACGAACACUCGCCUUGUCGAUCUGCUUGUCAAAGUCCAACUUCAUUUGAUGGCUUGAUGGGUCUUAUCCAAGUUCUUUCACAUUUUAAGGUUAUUUCUUAAUCAUCUGAAACUAUAUUGGCCGUUGAUUCCAUGUCCUUGGUCCGUUUUAAGAAGUUAUCUUGUUUAUAAAAUGGCAGUAUCCGCCAGCGUGACUGGUUCGUGACACCGUCCUGAAAGGUCUUUUGCUAACAUUAGUUGGAUGCAAUCUUGUUCAUUGAGAUUACUCUUCAAGACAUCGCGGGGAAAUUUGUAGAGCAAAUAAAACACUUUUCUUUGCAAAUAAAACGCGAUGAGUCGCUAACAAGGCGAUUUAACCCAGUUCAGAUUAAAGUUGAAAUUUGCGUGACUUUUUGUAUUUCAUCCCCAGUCCUUCUGGACUGGACACAAAUCAAACAAGGGGUAACAUGGCUACUGAUACAGUGAAGUGUUCUUUCUCGGGCUUCGGAAAAUCUAGUUUUGGAGGUUUUCGAGGUUCGGAUACAGUAUGUAGGUUGCGAGAAUGCCAGAAAGAUAUAACGAUCCACUUGAAGACAUGCCAUCUUUCAAAACUAUCUGGAAUGAUGGAGUGCGAACUGAUACUAGUCAGGGCGGGGCUAUUCGAUGUGCCAAAACACCGGCAAGAAGAAAUGUUCGUGUGUCCAAAACACAGACAUAAUUUGGGUCGCAACUGGCGUCCGUUGAGGACAUGUCGAUAUCCUCUUCAUUCAGGAGCAAGGAAAAAGCUAAAAAAUAAUCAUGUUAUCAACUUGGAGAUGUCCAAGAAUAUUCACGCAAUUUUUGGAAUCACAAUUCCCAUUGGGUCAGGUAAGCAUUCUACUACACAAUAUUUUACGUUUUCCCUUUUUUGAGGAGCAACGAUUGACACAGUUGGUUAUUAAAGAGCCCUUGGAGUCUUCUGUGUGAGAGGUCUUGAGAUUGAUGUCCAUGGCCAGGUGUGAGAAAUUCUUUCCGUGUAGCUUCAAGUAGCUUAAAUACCCGUAAAACGGAGUACUGAUGAAGAGGGCGUUUAAAAGGUUUGUCUUUCAGAUAAUGAUGAAAUGAUCAUUUCAAGUACCGACGUAUGUGAGGCGCCUUUACUUUUAACUUUCAAUAGAAUAAAAGAACUCUUAAAACCGAGGUAAAUGUCAUGGUCAAGUAUUCCGAAUUGUGUAACAAACUUUAAAUCUAAUUAUAAAUAAAGACUAAAAGAGAAGGUCGAGGGAAUAACCAUUCAACGUUGUUGUAAAACCUUGAAAGGGAAUCGUUCCAUAAGGUGUUUAUUUUUCCGGCUAUUUAUAUCAUAACCAGUUAUAUUUUUUGGCAACAGUGCCACGAUGUAAGUGUAGAAAUCUUGGAUUGAGUAAAUAACAAGUAUGAAAUGAACAUUCUUGUUUUACAUUGUUUGGUCAAGCGCGUUAGUAUAAUUAGGACAAGUAUAUUUGUUACAACACAGACGUUCAAAAAUACACAAGGGGCGCUUUCCAUUUAGUCAAAAUUUCCGGAAUUUCCGGUUCGGCGGUAAAUGGAACACGUUUCGUCGGUUCGUCCCACUGGAAAAUUCCCAGAAAAAGUGGAAAAUCUAAAAAGGUGGUCCCGUUUUCCCGGUUGGAAUUUCCGAACGGAAUGUCGUGUUCCAUUUACGUUUCUCGUAGUUUGUACCAGUUCCAGGUCCACGGUCGGGCACCCGGCCACGUACCGGGGUUUACGACCAAAUGGAACAACUUUUUACCAAUCGGAAAUUCCACUUUUGCUGCCACCGAAAUUUCCGGUUUUUUUUCGUAAAUGGAAAGCGCCCAAGUAUUCCUGGAUUUUUGCGAGAUUUAAAAGGUGCUUAGAAUGUCUUUACAGGACUGUCUAUUUUUUACGUUGAUUCAUAGCGUUCUAUUUUUCAAAGUAAGAGAUAAUUUCGGUAAAGUAGCCUACAUGCACGUGACCCACGAAAUUAUGCGAAACACUUGGCAAUGUUCCCCUUCUUUAAAAACCCUAUUUUGUGAGUAUCGGGGAUUUUGUAUUUGAAACGUUUUUUAACCCUGCUAUAUGCUAUAUCCUGAAAACUAUUUUUCCGACACCUCAAGACCUAACCGCGAGAUUAAAAACUGUUUUGAGUUUAUUUUGCCAGUUGUCAAAUAUCAAUUCAGUGUUGGUUCUAAAAGUAAGUUUUACGCUACGAAUCGACUUUGACUAAAAGUUAAAUUCAUCAUUGUGAUACUUUUUAAUGCACAGCAAUUUGCACUACUUGUGUCAAGAAGCAAAGACAAAAAUAUGAGGAAAAUAAACAUUGGCUGGGGGAAAACACUGAGAGUGAGAAAUUAGGGGAAUAUGAAGAGACAAGGUGUGUUUAAGGUGACUUGACCCAGUUUUUUUUUGGGGGGGGGGGUGCCAUCCUACUUUGAAGCUCUCUGGUAUCCCCACCUUUACUUUUAUCGUAAGUCUAACACAUAGAAUGUAUAACGUAUAGAUCAAUCUACAAUACAACAUAAAAUUUUUGGCGAUCGGAGUAAAUGUCAUGUGGUUAUAAUGCCACGCCCCUUUGAGGUCUGAGUCAAAAAUCUGCUGUUGCCGGUAUUUUUUCGUGAAAAUUUCUCGGCUACACAUAGUGCGCAUUAGUGCCUUGCCCAACCAAAAUCGCAAAGACCCAAUUCGAGAAAUUCAGCGGUUUCCAAAUUUAGGUCAUAAUUUAUGUGAAAAUGAUAAGCAAACUUUACACGAUUAUAUCUAAUAAACUAUGAGAUUCAUCCCUUUAUUUUGGGCAUCGUUAUAACAGAUGGGUCCUUGCAAGUCAGCAAAGAGCUUUAGGGCCUUGUAAAUGCGCGUGAUUUCGAGCAAAGCAAACAUAUAGAAAUUAUAGUUUUCGCUAUUUGUUGACGUUUGUCAGCGUUUAAGAGCCUUCUCACGAAAACAGCAUUUUCUUAAAAAUUAAGUAGUUUUUUUUUCCUUCAAAUUUUUUUUCAGAGCCACAAUUGAUUAACUAACUACCCGGACUCUGACUUUCAUGGUCAUUGAAAUUUGAAAAACUGUGACAUUAUCUUCUCUAAGCCCAGACUUGAGUAAACAAGAUCAGAAAGGACUGGGCAACAAAAUUUACAUCAGUGGACGUGGCUGUGAAAAAAUCUACACCAUUUAUGUUGGCGUCCGAAUCAUCAACUGACGUAGACACCCUGCAGAUGGGAUGGGCACUAAGCAAGGCCCACGCAGGUUCCAUCCGGUUUUCUCGUGAGGUUAAAGAAUAUCUUACAGCCAAGUUUGAAAUUGGUGAGCGAACUGGCGCAAAAGGCGGACCCUGUUCAGGUUGAAAAGGAUAUGAGAACAGCACGGAAUGUGAAUGCCAGGGUCCAGUUCAAUGAAUUUCCGCGCAGCGUGGGGUCCUGGGAAGGACGUGGAAACUGUAGUAGCGUGGCCAUGGUUUCUCAAUUCUCUUAGCUGAAAUGUGUUGAACCAUUUUUGUCAGUGCGUUUAUGUUAAGCUGAAGAAGAAAAUGUAUCGAAGUAUGGCGAUUCAAUGUUAAUCACAUCGAACUUUACAGAAAAUGUUAGGAAACAACCGUGUCACGCUCGCAACUGAUGACGAUCUCUAUUACUUUUAUACAAACUAGAUAAAAGAUGCCGUUGAACUUGAAGGACAGGUUUUAAACAAAAAAUUCUAUGUUUUUAGAGUUAAAGCGGCUACUUCAGGAGCAAAAAUAUCCUCUACAAAAACCAAGAGGGACAUUACAACCUAAGAAGUUAAUAAACAAGUGAACGACCUAGUAUUUGUUCAGGUCAUCACCCAAUGCAGGAGAACUGGGGAUGAAAUACAAAGUCACGCAUUUUUCAAGUUUGUCAGAAGACUUGGUUAAAACGCUUUGUCAGCGACUCAUCGCGUCGUAUUUGCAAAGGAACGUGUUUUAUUUGCCCUACAAAUUUCACUGCGAUGUCUUGAAGAGUAUAAUCUCAAUGAACAAGAUUGCACCCAACUAAUUUUAGCAAAAGACCUUUCAGGACGGUGUCACGAACCAGUCACGCUCGCGGAUGGCUGCCAUUUUAUAAACCAGAUAACUUCUUUAAACGGACAAAGGACAUGGAAUCAACGGCCAAUAUAGUUUCAGAUGAUUGAGAAAUAACCUUAAAAUGUGAAAGAACUUGGAUAAGAUAUAUCACACCAUCAAAUGAAGUUCGACCUUGACAAGCAGAUCGACAAGGCGAGUGUUCGUUAAUUAUCAAGUUUACGAAAUUUCUGGAAAUUCAAACGGCGGUCUCUUCUGAAAACGUGGAGAGCACAAAAAUGUUAUUCCUUUUUGUGUUUUUCUAUCAUUCCUAGAUUGUAUUCAUACAGAUAGCGAAGUUCAGACAGGUGCCACACUUUUUAAAAUGGGUGAUUCCAGAAAAUAUCCAUACCAUACCACGGGCGGCAUCUUGGAAUUCCGAGGGAGAGGGGGGGUUUCUUGGACUGGAAUUCCGAAGACGUGGGGGGGGUAACGCAGUUUGGAAUUCCAAAGGCAUGGGGGGGUGUUUCAGCUCUGAAUUCAGUGAAUUUCCAGAGGAAAGACGGCGAAAGCUCCGCUUGAAAUCGCUGACCUGUUAACAUUCCCAGUUUGUAAAUGAAGCACGAACCGACCACGGAAGAAGUAUGCGUUCAUGCAGAUGGGUAAGCAGAUGGUUUGUGCAGCAAGCUCCACAUCGAAGAGGCCUUAAAGUUGAUGAAUUAGUCAACUGAUCAAUAAAAAUAUAACCAAGUCGGUGUUUCUCGCCGAUUGUCGAUCGACGAUGUGUUGUUGCGUGCUGAAAACUCGCACCAGUCUCUCGUUUCCAAAUAGAACGCCUGACAGAUUUUGUAUGUCACGCCGAUUUUCACGCCAACAUGUAGGUAGUAAAAUCCGACACCGUGCCUUUUGAUGCGCUGUUUAAUUCAAAACUGUUUAUGAACAGAAUUCUUUUGCAGAGGGAAAAAGUGCAAGUUUCUCGUUCGUUUGAAGAUUUAGGCAGACGAACAGGAAUUCCAAAGGGUCUGAAACAAAAGUGGAAAAUUCCGGAGGAGAGGGGGGGUUAGUGAUUUUGGAAUUCCGAGGGCAAGGGGGGGGAUAAGCAUUUUGGAAUUUCCGAGGGCAAGGGGGGGUUAAAAUACUCAUGCCACCCGUGGUAGGGUAUGGAUAUUUUCUGGAAUCACCCAAUUACCCUCAAAGUUGAGCUACUUUCGUGUUUUGAUGGAAAGCCGAAAACACGUGCUGGGGAAAAAAUCAUUGCCGUUGAAAUAAACAAAUACUUCGAAACUGUGAUAUGGCUAGGAAAUCUACAGUGGUGUAUCUGUAUACGGAAAAGAAAAUCAUGCUUUUUGAGCGAGUUGUUCGUUUUCUAGAGCACGGUCAAUAUUAGCGAUUUUUGCAGUUUGAAAGGCUAUGACGCCAGCGCUAAUCGUCCGGAAAUUCAAAAAUUCGUAAAAAAAUAUAUUUAUCACUUUCGGUCAAACGAAAUGUAUUUUUGUAACUACUAAGGUGAAGGCUUUAAUAUCCCAGAAUAUAAGGGAAAUUAAUUUUUUGAUCCGAAAUCACUGGUCGGUUUUUACGGAGACACGCUCUUAAAAAGCAUUUCCGUUUUAAUUCUUUUUGUCUACAAGUUGAUGACUGGAAGCUCUAAAAAUAACAGAGAAAAUUAUCUGUGAAAAUGUUUUUGAACACAAGAAAGAGAAACCCGGGUUAAAUUUAACCCUGGGUUAAGCGCUAAUUGGCCUUCGAACAGCGGGCCUUGGACUGAAAUCCUUUUUCUGAACCCCUGCCUGUGUCAGAGAUGCCAACCUCUGAAGAUCUAAAAUCUGGAGUUUCUCUCUUUUUCACUACCCCCCUGAAAUUCAAUGAACCCCCACCCCCCCCUCCCCAACCCCGACAAAUAUGGGUAUGACUUAGGACAUUAUAUGAAGUCUUACUUGAAGUACAUUGUAAAUACCAUCAAAACUUGCAAUCAUCGUUUUGGUUCCAGAAAAAAUCUUUGUCAAUGACUAAAUAGGUGCAAAAAUGCCCUAGAAACUAUACUACGAACAAGAAAAUUUCAAGUUUUGAGCUAAAAUUGGGCUAAAUCUCAAACUAAGGCACAGAAAAGCUGCAAAGAUGAUUUUAUUCAGUUGUUAUGGUGACCUGUAUGGGAGACCGGGAGAUUGGUGUCGUAUCUGGGAGACUUCUCGAUAAUCUGGGAGGGUUGGCAUGCAUGCUGUGUGACAGGAUUUGAGUAGGUGCUAUGUUUGGUCUGUUCAAAAAGCCAUUGUCAAUUUGCCAGUCAGGUUUGAGGGAUCUUAUUGUUGCUUCGCAGACAGUAAUAGCCAGGAUUAGAUCAUGUCUGUGCCGACAAAGGAAAUUGAUAAUCAACCUACACUGUAGGUUAAAAAACUUCAACCUGAAAUCAAAAUUGACCUGUAACAUAGAUUGUGCAGAGAUGUACUUUACCUUCUGUGUCUGCUGAUGAAUCAGGGAUUUCAAGUGGCUUAAGUCCAAGUUUGAUUCUUAAUUUACUGAAAAGUAUUACCAUAAAUUGGUCAGUACAGCAGCACAUUGAUACAACAAACCAUUAAAUACUGUAACAAAGUCAACCUCACUAAAAGAACUGACAACCUGUGCCCCAGUAACAGUAAAACGUAAGAGAACCAGAAUAUAUAGAACUAUGGAGUGCACGUGGCAGUGAUCGGAGGUCCAAAUGCAGUCAAAAUGCUUUUGCUCCAACACUGCACUUUUAUGUGAAUUUCACCUUUGGUCAAAAUACAUGGUAUCAGAUUACAAGGGUAGAAGGUUGAAACGUGCAUGAAAAAAUUGCGUAUGGCGCAUUCCAUUCAUGUUUAGUGACGACGCAUGUGUAAUAACAACCUAGAGAUUAGGAUUGUGGGCUCCUCUUGUCACCCGCACAACUUGGUUGCAGCUCAAAACAAGAUAAAAUACACCAACAAUCAACUGUACAUAAACACUUCAGAAUCUAUAGAUCAUAGAAAUGAGGUUAUAAAAAAAUAUAUCAAUAUUCUCCAACCCUAAAUGGGGCAAGCAGGGUUUUUCUUACAAAAUUUUGAAGAUUUUGAGAUGUUUUGCCAGUCUGUGAUCUACCACAAGAUGCUUUAGCAAUGAUGAUGGCAACAGGUAGGGAAAAUGUCACUGUUAAAAAGGACUUGCAUGUUUUCAAACAUUGUUAUUUAACUCACUUGAAAUAUCACAUGUACAGUGUACGUAAAUAAAAAUUUCAAAGGAAUUAAAUUUUUAGGGAGAAAACCUAAGGGAAUUUUAUAAUUAUUGUAGGUGUGCAUUCUACAUGUGCAGCAAAACAACAGUUACUAAUGAUUGCAAAUUUUGCAAUCAUUAGUAACUGUUGUUUUCCUGAUUAAACCUAUUCCUUUUUGAUGUUCUUGUUGCCGUCACCCUCGUAAUUGCUACAGCUCCCUACUGAUUGGUGCAUGGCGAGACCUUAUUAUUAACAGAUUGGUCCCUUCAAUUACUUUAAUUCAAGUCUGGAAGCGGGGCUCUGGAUCACAAAUUUAGCUUUUAGCGCGUUGAUUCUUGAACCCCAGACAUGUAGUAACCCUAUUUUAUGAUCACCACUUCUCAGUUAUUUCUUAAAGUAUAAAGCAUUAAUUAAAAACAGAUAUUUCAAAAAACUAUCGUGAUACUAUUGCAAUAGUACCUCCACUAUCGCAAUACUAUCGACAUAUCCACCUGGUCUAUAGUCACCCCUUACAUGUACACAUUCAUCAGUAUUUUUUAAGGCUUACUUUGUUUCUUCAAUACUCAGUGAUAUUUCUCCACCUUCUUGAUGGUUUCGCGACAUGUCAUUAUCUGAUAAGAACAUUGGAAAACACACUUAAGAACAGCUUGGUAACUAGAAUAGCUACAGAUAGUUCUCACCAUACCAAAAGCAUAUUAAACAUUGAACACGCGUUCCAGUCCAAAUUAACCAUACCGUUGCUAUGAUCAUCGCGCGUCGAUUCCUCCACAGCAUACUCAUAUAAAUCAUCAUACUCUUCUCUUUUAGCCCUUUUUUUCUCUACACUUUCACCGUCCUCUGCUGCUGGAUGACUUCGCUUCUCUUUUGCUCUGUCAUCCGUUCUCCUCCUUUCUUUAUCCGAGUCUUUGUCACGAUCUUUAUUACUGUCUCGUUCACGGUGUUUUCGUUCCCUGUCUCUCCUCUUUUCUCGGUCUCUAUCCUUGUCUUUUUCUUUGUGUUUCUUUGAGGAUCCCAUUUUAAAUCAAGACAAGGACGAAACCCGAACAGAAGGUUCGCUUCCUUGACGUUUAAACAUUGGCGGCCAUGAUGACCAUUGCACUUAGUGACCAGGCACUCGAAUUUGGCAACCUGGCCUUCACCUCGACCUCGCCUUAACCUCGUUUUGAUCCAGAGGCUCGGGGAAAGGCGAAAGAAAUCGAGGUUCAGGAUGUGAUUUGAUCACGCGACAUGGAGUAAAAUUUUUAAUUGAGCUGAAAAGAACAAGGAAACUUUUAUUUUACUCAAGGUAAGAGAAACAACUCGUGGAGUAGUUUCCUGCUGGUAGAGUCACCUUUUUUACGGGAAACGAUCCAAGAGUUCUGCAUGUUAGUAGGCAGCAGUAGGGUCUGACAGGUUUUAAUACAGUCAGUCUCCCGUCUGCGUUUGUCGCACACCGGGGAGAGUAUGGCAGAGCUCGACGAGAUCUCGCGCGUAAAAGGCCGUUUUCAGGCCCUUAUUACUUAUAUAAUGUUUUAAAAAAAUACUCUCCCGUGCACCUACCAUACUUUAUAGACUGGAAUUUAUUACUGUGAGUGAGUCAGUAGGGAAGAGGUGCAAGCCCUCUCACGGGGGUACGUAUGUGUCCUUAGCCUGAAUUUUCGUGGAUUGAGGAGGAAGUAGCCUGCGUAGCGCUGUUCUUUCUUGCGCCCACUACUUCCAAGCGCCUGCUACGCAGGCUAGGAGGAAGCCAUGUCUGUGUCGGUAUUUUGCUUUUGUAGUUGCGCUUGUCUUUGACGCUUUCGCAGACAUGUCAACUCUCACAAUUCUGCCGUGAGUCUUUUUAACUUUUCUCACGGCCUCAUGACAACACUCACAAUCUCAUGGUUUUUUGGGAAAAAUCAUUCUGAAAUGAAAUGAAAUGUUAUCUUGCUGAAUAAAAGGGAAAAUUCAAUGGGGAAUUCUGGUGCCUGUUCAAGCCUUGUUGAGACUUGUCUAUAAACGGUUUGGCCAUGACCAGUUGGCUUUAUUUCCGGAAGAAACAACAUACCUCUUGCUAUUCAUGUAAGUUUCCUCUUUUUUUGAAGGAUGAUCACUUAAACUUAGAGCCAUUAAAGAAAGCAGGAUCUUGUUACAACAGGAACCAACAUAAAAAUCAAAUGCGCCUGAAAGCUAUAACCAUGCCUCCCCCACCUCCCGACUGGGCAUUUGCGAUUUUUUUCUUUCUUGGAGGUCUAUUCCCCACCCCAGGGUACACAGGAAGAGACAAUUUCCCACCCCCAAGCUCCUGAUUGACCUCAUAUACAAUUUUUUCAACAUCUUUAUACAAAAGCAAAACAACACAUUUUCACAACUUUUAUGAACAUUUUCCUGAGUUUAUUGAGAGUCAAAGGAUAAUGGAUGUCAUAAUGCAUUUAAAACAUGAACAAUAAAUUUGAAAACAAAGAAGAAAAACUUUUUAGUUCCUCCUUGAGAGAACACUUCAUGAGAACACGUAGUACUGGACCAAAUCUCUGUUUCUCUAUAGGUGGUUUUCACAGUGACAUCAUCAAAUUGUAAAAUCAAAAUAGUGAGGUUUUGUGAAUUCUUAUUUACACUAGGUUGAAGAUAAACAAAAAGUAAAUCCUUGUACCAGUUUCCAUCCCCGUAGCAUGUUUCAUUUGAAAAUACAGCAAUUUGAACUUCCGAGUUUUUACAGUGCAUGACACCAAAUGCAAAAUGGGAAUGCUGUUCGUUGAAAAAAACUCUCUCCUCAUGAUUUUCAGAAGUAUAACCAUUUCAAGUAUUAGAAGAUAUGUUCAUGCGCACGUAUGCUAGUUCUCGAGAGAAAAGAAAGAGCUUUUUUAAGAAAAGCAGGGUUGUCAUUAAGAGCCAGGGGUCGGGGAUUUUCCCCGGCUGCUAAGAGAGUGGCCCCCGGCUACUUUUAUUGGAAAAUAGAAGAAAAAUAGAACCAAAAGAAAUCCCUAGCCGUUUGAUUGCCUGCCUACUUGUUGUAGAAAAAGUGAUCUCCAGAUGUUUUUGUUGAUUUCCGGCGGCAAUAUCGUACACCAAAACGGUACACCAAUAUGGCGUCUCCAUACAAAGCUCUGCAAAGGUGCAUAAAACAUUUCAGCAAAUAACUCAGAAACUAAGGGACACAAAGACCUGAGACUUGGACAAAUUGUUUAUAUAUUAGUCUUUUAUAACAUUUCAUUUUCUUGGCUUCUUCCACUGGACAGUGUCCAAUUUAUUUUUUUGUUGUGUGACAGUACACAUAUACAUAUAAUAUCAAAAGCCUUGUAUUCUUUUUCAUAUAAAAACUUAUCAUUAUUUAAAGUGAAGCUGAAGAAAAUUAAUAUUUCUGGCUUCCUUUCCAGAAAAUAAAUCCAUUAGAGUAUGCAUCAUAUGCACAUUCAUUGCAAAUGUUAAAACAUAUCUUUAAAUAAAGACUUUAAUUUUGAUAAAUUAUUCCUCCCCAACCACUCUCUGACAAAUUCCUGCAUUUUUCCUUAAAAAUAUGUAGUCUUGAAGUCCGCAGCCAUUGUGUAAACCACGCAAGAAAUAACUGGUACUUCGCAAAAUCAAAGAGAAGAUAUUUUUUUUAUUUGCCCCACCCACCUUCCCACCGGAACAGGACUGCCUCAAACAAUUCCCCACUCCCAGACCUGAAGGGCUGGACUUGUCCCAGGGUUGCCCAGGGGGGAUGGUAACAAGUAAAAUUGAACAAUGCAUAAAACAAGGUAGUAUUUUAAUAAAUACUUAUUCCCAAAUCUCCCCAAAUCUUGCUCAGCAAAAAAUAGAAUUUCAGGUACUUUUUGUAGAAUGUCCAGUUUUUUUUUUUUUUUUCAUGAGUCUCCCAAUUUUCCUUUAUCAUUGGUUGGCAGGUCUGCUUUUGUAGUGUCAGCCCAUCUUUUUGUUGUUUGUUGCCAUUUCAUCUGUCUGGCGGUUCAUACAAAGAUCUUUGGGGAGUGCCAGGACUGACAAAUCCUUCAUUCCAUGUACUUUGGUGGCUUUAGUUUUGAGGAGAUGGAAAGGGAAAAUGGAGAGUACUCCUGUUAAGACCCUGGGUUAAGAAUAGUUUGUGCUGUGAAUGUUCCCAAACUUUGACUGACUAAAUUGAUACACUUUUUAGGCCCAAAUCUUAAAAAGGCCAGACUAUUUUAGUAAGUGAAAACUAACAAACAGAAUUUUUUGCCAGGGGCAUCAGUUGUGAUGCUUAAGAGUAUUGAAAUUUAGCAUUUUGACUAUUUACAGCUGUAUCAUUCUCACAACAAAAAGAAACAUAAUGACUAUCUUGAAAUCACUAAGUUCUUUAGACAUUCUUAUCACUGAUGAUGUAAAUAUACAUGUAAGUUAGAGUUGUAGUAAACAUCUAUGUGUAUUCCUCACCUUGAGUUGAUUGUUGACUGAAAUGAUAAACCUUGUAGGUAUUGCAGGUUCAUCAAAGCAUGCACUUAAAGUGCUGAAAAAAGCUGAAAACUAUUGUCCUCCAGCCACCCUUCAACAGAUACACUAUUUAUUACAAAUGAUUGUCACUGAUUUCUAAGUGUGUGUCUCUUCUGAAAUAUCACUUUCAAUUGUUUAGAGUUUAUCCUUUACUGGAAUACCUGGCUGAGAAAACCAGCAGGUCCAUUAUACAACAGUGAUGCCAUGGUAUAAUGUGAAAGUAAUAGGUAAGCAAAGAGAUAAUUGGGCUACACAUUUUUUUCCCGGUAUGCAGCUAGUGUAUUUAAAUUAAUUAUUAUUUUUGUUCUUAACUAACUGUUAAUUUUUUGAAAUCAAAGAUAAGUGGCACAGAAUUGAGUGGCUAUACAUACCAGUCUUGUGACCCUAAUUCGAGGCAGUAGAGACCAUAAAGUUUUUUUCGAUGAUGAACUUAUGAAUAUAUGAAAAUCAUAUAUGUGAACUGCGGGGUGAAGAAUAAUUCGUGUAUGAAAGAUGAUCAUCGCAGUUAUAGACGCAACUUUAGCAGUUGAGAAAAGAAAGCCUAAAAUAAAUGUACAGGAUUCGAACCCUUGACAGUUAUGAUCUUAGUGAUCAGCAUGCGGAUAAAGGCAGGAAAUACUAUGGGGGCAGGGGGUGGCGGCCCCUUGUAGAAAUUCAGUACAUUUAAAGUAUACUUUAUAUAGGUGAUAAACACUUCAAAAAGUAUACUUCAUUUGUACUUAAAGUAUACUUUAAGUAUACUUACCAGAAGUAUACUUUAAGUACACAACUUUUCGACAUUUAAAAAGUAUACUUGAAGUAUACUUAAAUGAAAGUAUACUUGAAGUAUACUUAAUGGGAAGUAUACUUCAAGUAUACUUAAAAUAUACUUAAAGUAUACUCAAUGCAAUAUGUUAAUCAAUCACUGAGACACGUCAGACUUGGAUCAAUUAUAUUGUAAAAUCAUUUAUUGAUAUAAGAAAAAAAACUACCCUUAACUUAAAGCAAUACAAAUGUACUAAGAAAUUAUAAAAAAAUAUAUAGCAAAUCUUGUUGAAAUAGGUUUCUACAACAUAAAAAUAUACAUUUUCUAUUCCUAUCAAAGGAACUCACUGCAUUUGAUUACCAUAAUAUAUUAUUCUUCUUGAUUUUAGUAAAAUUUUCAUUGACAAUGAGAUCAUUUCAAGGAAGGUGCAUGUAUAUUAACAGGUUUCUUUCUGAACUUUCUUUAACUCACUUGUACUUACAAGACUUGGGUUUUAUAUUUUGAAUUUACACUGCACUUUAGGCGAUGUAAACAAGCUUUCACUUUGUAAACCUUAAGGCAUAACUCGUGUGUCAUUUGCAAAUGACUCACAAAGAAGAAUCGAUGUAUAUUGAAAUGACUGGAACCGAUACAUUUUUCACCCCAAAACUUACUUGUAUCGUCAAAAUUCAGUCAUGGUGUACUUCUUUUGUUUUCUUUUCAAGUUCCACUCAUAUUGUACUCGAAUUGUGAAGAUAAAUUAAAGGCAAUAUUCCAAGCGUAUAAAUAUCUUGAAGACACUCUCAGCAAAGCUCAACGAACGUUCCUUCGAAUCUGUAUCGCCCGCCAAAACCAUAUAUGGAAGUUAGGUAUGCUGUAAAUAAUUCAUACAUGACCGUAUUAGGAAAUCCACAAGAUCCCGUAUAUGUUCCGACGGUACUGGAAGUCAGCGGUAAUUCAACACCUUCAUAUAUACAUUUCUUUCCUCAAACGUGAAGAUGUCCAACGAUGAGCGAUGGUUUUGCUUCGAGGUUCUCGUUCUAUUUCUUAAGGUCCUUGUAAAAAAGGAGGUAAAACGACCCCGGCCUUAAUUACAUCCAGUAUCUUUUACUGCCAAAUGCAAAAAUUCCACGAAAGACGUCAAAGAAAUGUCCGAAACUGUGCGACUUUGCCAUUUCGCCCAGGGAUCGGCGGAUGAUCUCCUUACGAAGGAAGUCAACUGAACAGCUAAUGAGUGCCCUGUGUAUCUAGAAACCUGUUAUAUACUUCACCACUCUGAAGAAAUCUUUACACGAUCUCAACUGUGUCCUUAAUAGAAGAAAACUGAUUUGAUCUAAAUAGUAUUUUGAAGUUAAAUUAUACUUAAGGUGGCUCGACUGGAUUUUUUUGGGGGUAUACCUCCUACGUUUAAGCUUUAACCAUGUCGACAUGAGUAAAGAUAUGGGAAAAAGGUUACCACAACUGUAUUAUAUAAUGAUGAAAAUUUGUUAUGAUCUGGGUUUUAUUGCAAUCGGUGUCGCCAUGGCAACGUAAUGACGCCAUUACGCUUUUUAUUUAUCUUUGUGUUUCUCUGUACCAGGAGUUUUUUGAAGAAAUCGCUUAAGGGAGUAUGUACCUGCCAUAAUUGCUUCCAUUAUGGCAAAGUUUCAACAAAUUCUAUGAGAGCGUUUUCGAAAUAUUUUGACACGCAGUUUUAACAAUCAUAAAAACAGUGAAAUAGCAUGCUAUCCGCACAAUUUGCUAAUAUUUUAAGAAACUGAUAAGCUUUGGAAACGCGGCUUCAUCCCAUAGUGGUUUGAUUCCAUUGAAAACUGCAUACAAAAAAAGAGGGGAAUUGCUCUGAGCGAUCGCAGGUAAGAAGAAUUUUAUUGACUUGCAUUCAGCUGCUUGUGUUACAGUUUUUGGACGUAAUUUGGUCCAUGUCUACAAAUUUUGCAUUUUUCAAAAAACCGCUCGAUAAAUUUUUUUAUAAAUUCGACAAUCUGGAGAUCAAUUGUCAGUAAAUAUUCCCAGCAAGUUUCAAGAACAUUGAAAACAGGGAAGGCUUUUAAAUAGAGCCUAAAAUAUAACCACUUUUUUCCACCGAUUUUGUGUUUACAAGUGAGCGUCCUCAUUAUUCACUGGCAUUGUUUUCAAGUUUCAUAUGCACGUGCCCAACUAGCAAAAGAUAUAAAUUUGCAUCAAAAAGAACUCUCGAUUACUUUCCGAAGAAAUAUUCGGAAUAUGCUAAUAAUUGGCUUGUGUCACCGGCAGCAGUGAGAGCCGAAACGAUGGACGUCACCGCUCAUCGUGUAGGAUGCAACACUUAAUUAUCUUACUCGGGUUAUAACAUCACAGAAACCCUUACAAAGAAUUGCUCUGAUGUUAUAAUGUAUCACUAAUCUCUUUACCCGGUAAUUAGCAUAUUCCGGAGAUAUAACCGAGGGUCCUUUUUUAUGCAAAUUCUAUCUUUUUGCUAAAUGUGCACGUGUAUAUGAAACUUGAAAACAAUGCCAGUGAAUAAUGAGGACGCUCACUUGUAAACACAAAAUCUGGGGGAAAAAUUGGUUAUAUUUUAGGCCCUAUUUAAAAGCCUUCCCUGGUUUCAAUGUUCUUGAAACUUGCAGGGAAUAUUUAUUGAUAAUUGAUCUCCAGAUUGUCGAAUUUACAAAAAAAUUUAUCGAGCGGGUUUUUGAAAAAUGCGAAAUUUGUAGACAUGGACCAAAUUACGUUCAAAAACUAUAACGAAAGCAGCUGAAUGCACGUCAAUAGAAUUCUUCUUACUCGCGAUCGCUCAGAGCAAUUCCCCUCUUUUUUUGUAUGCAGUUUUCAAUGGAAUCAAACCACUAUGGGAUGAAGCCGCGUUUCCAAAGCUUAUCAGUUUCUUAAAAUAUUAGCGAAUUGUGCGGAUAGCAUGCUAUUUCACUGUUUUUAUGAUUGUUAAAACUGCGUGUCAAAAUAUUUCGAAAACGCUCUCAUAGAAUUUGUUGAAACUUUGCCAUAAUGGAGGCAAUUAUGGCAGGUACAUACUCCCUUAAGCGAUUUCUUCAAAAAACUCCUGGUACAGAGAAACACAAAGAUAAAUAAAAAGCGUAAUGGCGUCAUUACGUUGCCAUGGCGACUCCGAUUGCAAUAAAACCCAGAUCAUAAGAAAUUUUCAUCAUUAUAUAAUACAGUUGUGGUAACCUUUUUCCCAUAUCUUUACUCAUGUCGACGUGGUUAAAGCUCAAACGUGGGAGGUAUCCCCCCCAAAAAAUCCAGUCGAGCCACCUUAAAGCAUACUUUUAGUAUACUUUUGUCUUGUAGUGAUUUCAAGAUCCGGACAAACCUUCUUAGAUCCUCAGAUCAGAAUGUGUCUUUCAGUUUCAAAGUAUACUUAAAGUACACUUUUCUUUGCGAAACUAUUUUUCACAAGCACUGAAGUUUGAAGAAGUAUACUUAAGUAUUUGAAGUAUAAAUGAAGUACACUCUUUUUUUUUUUAUAAGAAUAUUGUUUUCCCGGGCCAGGCUGAAUAUUCUUAUUUUUCCGCCGAUUUUAGGCUGCAAAUAUUCUUGUAUUAUUCUUAAUAAUAACUUAUGACAUUUCCGUUUUGGAAUAUAUUAAGGUAUCAAUUAUUCGAAAUUAUAGUUUUGUUAAAUAUAGUUAGCUAAUUUUGCCGUUUAAAGAAAGGAAUAAAUUGAAAACGUAUAUUUGUAUUGUGUUUACAGAUUUUCACCACACCAAAUCAUAUCCUUUUCAAAAUCUCAGCCUGGAGUUUAUUCUUAAAGUAUUCUUAAGAUUUCGCAAAUUUCAGCCUCGAUAUUCUUAUAAAAUAUAUUCUUAUAGAAAAAAAAGAGUGUACAUUUGCCAAAUAUACUUCAUUUAUACUUUUUUUCUGGAAGUACAAACGAGGUGUACUUCAAAUGUACUUUUUUUUCUGAGAAGUACAUAUAAAGUAUACUUAAUUUCUACAAGGGGGGUACUUUCAUAUAUGGGCCAUAUAGGUAUCUGCUGCUGUAACGAAUACAGUUUUCAAGCAGUUUACAUGUAGUCUGGAAUAGUCAAUGGUAUAAACCCUGUAAGUUUUUUUUUCGGUAGCAUUAAAACAUGGAAUCCGGAAACGGACAGGGAAAUGGAAUACGGAAUCCGUGAAAGAAGGUUCCAAGUGAUCGAUUUGAAAAAAUAUAUAGUAGCGAUGACAAUAAAACAAAUAAACAGAUAAAAAAGGGAGGGUAAUGUGUGAUAUUUUCAAAGAAACUGUUUUAUUUUUAAAGUGAAGAUGCUUAAGGAAGUCAGGUUUUCAGAAAGUUUAUUAAUUCUUCUUGAAAUUCGAUUUGUUUGGAAUAACGGAGGCCAGAAACAUUCACUAAGUUUUCAUGUCAAGUGCCCAGUAUCCGGACAGUUUUAUCUUUGCUGUACAGAAUCGAUGAAUUAGCUGUGUACAUUAUCCGGAUAAGAUUUAUUUCAUAUCAGUAACUAUAAUUAAAGCUUAGGAUAUAUGAUAUAGUCGUAAAAUGUAAUUCUACUCAACUCCGUAUGGACGUUUUCUUCACUCAUUCAGAGGCGACUUGAUUUCGUGUGCACGGCUUGUUUCGCGUGACUGCGUUUUCUAUACAUAACUGAAAGCGUCUGAGUUGAACCUGGAAUUCUCAUACUUUCCCCUGUUGUGACUGCUAGAAUGCGGUUGCAACGGUCCGAAAAAUGUCACAAAGGGAUUGAGAGAUGUGAAAGAAGGAGGAAUUAGUGCUAGAAAAGCAGGCUUAUUGUGGGGACUGAGCAUGACGUCCAUACGGAGUUGAGUAGAAUUACAUUUACUGCAGGUCAGACUAAAUAGGAGAGUGACCUUUGAGCGUCGCGUUGAUGUCCCGGGUUGAUGUCUCUUUGCCAAGCUUUUUUUAAAAUAAAAAAUGAAGAAAGAAAGUCGUUUGCAGAUUGGCUAAUUGAGCUUGCAAACUGCGGCUUCGGCAUGUCCACGGAUGCCUUCCUUAAAUCAGUGAAAAAGUUCCUAGACAAGGAAGUAAAAAUUAUACCAUUUUUAAAACAGCCGCUCGCGUUCCCCACCAUACCCCAGUCAUUUGUUAUGUUUUAUUUCACGAUGCUAGGUUAUAUUUUUAGAAUCGAUUGCCAGACUACUUUGCAAGUGCAAGACAAGCUUAUAAGUCGCUUGCCUGUCGAAAUUUAUGUACAAUUACGUUGUUAUUGUUGUGUCCGGAUACUGGGCCAGCUGUCCGGAUACUGGGCAACAUAAGAGCUCUGCAAAAAUAUUAAUUUCGCGAUGGAAACAAAGGCAAAAAAGUUAAACUGUCUUUCGUCAUAUUAAGGACUAGAUAGAUUUUCUCUGGGCCAAAUUUCAAAGCUCUUACGAUUAACAAAGGCAACAUACUGUACCACUUUCGGCAAUGAAUGCAAAUAUUCUCAUGGGACAGCAAAGUGAGGAGAAAAACGUCACUGACAAAAACUAGUUCCUUAAGAAAAAGGUAAGUUAUGUGGAGACAGACUUCGUUUAAGGUGACUCGACCCAGUUUUUUUUUUUUUUUUUUUUGGAGGGUACCAUCCUACUUUGAAGCUCUCUGGUAUCCCCACCUUUACUUUUAUCGUAAGUCUAACACAUAGAAUCGAUAACAUAUAGAUCAAUCUACAAUAUAACAUAAAAUUUUUGGCGAUCGGAGUAAAUGUCACGUGGUUAUAAUGCCACGCCCCUUCGAGGUCUGAGUCGAAAAUCUGCUGUUGCCGGCAUUUUUUCGUGAAAAUCUCUCGGCUACACAUAGUGCGCAUUAGUGCCUUGCGCUGAACAGAGUUUCACCAAAAUCGCAAAGACCCAAUUCGAGAAAUUCAGCGGUUUCCAAAUUUAGGUCAUAAUUUAUGUGAAAAUGAUAAGCAAACUUUACACGGAUCAUAUCUAAUAAACUAUGAGAUUCAUCUCUUUAUUUUGGGCAUAGUUAUAACAGAUGGGUCCUUGCAAGUCAGCAAAACGCUUUGGGGCCUUGUAAAUGCGCGCGAUUUGGAGCAAAGCAAACAUAUAGAAAUUACAGUUUUCGCUAUUUGUUGACGUUUGUCAGCGUUUAAGAGUCUUUCUCACGAAAAAAGCAUUUUCUUAAAAAUUCGCAGUUUUUUUCCUUCAAAUUUUUUCAGGGCCACAAUUGAUUAACUAACUACCCGGACUCUGAAUUUCAUGGUCAUUGAAAAACUGUGACAUUAUCUUCUAUAAGCCCAAACUUGAGUAAACAUUGAAGACUUUUAGCGUUUUGGCUGAGUUUGUGCUUUGGGAGUUGUCUAUUGUUUCUAGUCUGUCAUUAUACAGCAUUCUUGUUCAGCACGCGUGCAAUGACCGCGCUUGGCUGUCUUCCGAAUGCUCACCGAGAUCUGAUAAUUUUGGUACAGUGAGACAGGCCAUCGCGUGAUCCGGCAUAGAGGUUUAACUCACAAUUUUUAAUCAAUUCUCGUGCUUCUUGUGCCUUUGCAAAAAAAAUCAAGAAGUGCUACACACUAAAUCUACUUACUAUUAAAAAAUAUCAUUUUUUCAUAGGUUUAAUGCAAGCCAAUAAUUAAACCAACUCGUGACGGGAAUAUCUCGGUGAGCGUUCGGACGUCAGCCAAGCGCGGUCAUUGCACGCGUGCUGAACAAGAAUGCUGUAUAAUGACAGGCUAGAAACAAUAGACAACUCCCAAAGCACAAACUCAGCCAAAACGCUAAAAGUCUUCAAUGUUUACUCAAGUUUGGGCUUAUAGAAGAUAAUGUCACAGUUUUUCAAUGACCAUGAAAUUCAGAGUCGGGGUAGUUAGUUAAUCAAUUGUGGCCCUGAAAAAAUUUGAAGGAAAAAAAACUACGAAUUUUUAAGAAAAUGCUUUUUUCGUGAGAAGGACUCUUAAACGCUGGCAAACGUCAACAAAUAGCGAAAACUGUAAUUUCUAUAUGUUUGCUUUGCUCGAAAUCGCGCGCAUUUACAAGGCCCUAAAGCGUUUUGCUCACUUGCAAGGACCCAUCUGUUAUAACUAUGCCCAAAAUAAAGAGAUGAAUCUCAUAGUUUAUUAGAUAUAAUCGGCGUGUAAAGUUUGUUUAUCAUUUUCGCAUAAAUUAUGACCUAAAUUUGGAAACCGCUGAAUUUCUCGAAUUGGGUCUUUGCGAUUUUGGUGAAACUCUGUUCAGCGCAAGGCACUAAUGCGCACUAUGUGUAGCCGAGAGAUUUUCACGAAAAAAUGCCGACAACAGCAGAUUUUCGACUCAGACCUCAAAGGGGCGUGGCAUUAUAACCACGUGACAUUUACUCCGAUCGCCAAAAGUUUUAUGUUAUAUUGUAGAUUGAUCUAUAUGUUAUCGAUUCUAUGUGUUAGACUUACGAUAAAAGUAAAGGUGGGGAUACCAGAGAGCUUCAAAGUAGGAUGGUACCCCCAAAAAAAAAAAAAAAACUGGGUCGAGUCACCUUAAAUUGACAGAGGCACUGUUUGUUCAACCGAAAGGCGUCGCCAUCAAGUUUUUCCUGAGUGUCUUUUCUGGGUUGUCUUCAACAGUGUUCAGUUUUAUUUAUCGAGACAUCUUACUCAGGAGAACCAUGGCAUUGUGGAGUGGGGGGGGUACUGCCAUAUAUGGGCUUUACAGUAUGGGCCGCUGUGAAGAAUAAUGGUUUUCAAGCAGUUUACUACUCUGGGAUAGGGUAUAUAAAUCAGGGGAUUUAGGUCUAGAAUAGGGUAUCAUUUUCCAGGAAACAGAUCAAUUGGUUGAAGAUUUUAGUCUAGACUAGGAAAACCGGGAAUUGCUACUCAAAAACAUGAAAAAAUCAAAUCGGUUUUAUUUUGGCUGGACUGUGUUUGUGAUCUCAGUAGUUUCUGGAAAACAGCUACUCUGGGAUAGGGGGGGUUUUGGGAGUUUUGUCUGGUAUAGGGUAGCAAAAUUCACUUGAAUGAGCUCUGGUAUAGGCUAAGGGUUCUAGGGUCCCAGCGGCACAUCCCCACCCAAAAAUUUCUAAAGUACCCCCUCGGGCGUGGAGUCCAAAGAGAAGAGAGAAUUGUGCAUGCAUUUGCUUGAUUCCACAACUGAUUACAUCAAAAUAAUGUGCCAUGUUUAGUAAUCCUCUUCAACAAAAUACGGACGUCAACGUAAACUAAAGUAUUCAGCUUGGCAAAAAAGUUGAACUUAUUGCUAAAACACCGGAACUGCGGUCACGUCACAGGUCGGUCAUGUGUUGAGUAUUCAGUUUGGGGACAAUCACUUCGUGUGGUCUGAGGCCAACUACUACUAUUCUUGACAUUUAGCUACAAAGGUAAUAUUUAAAUGUAUUAUUCAGCCCAUAAACUCGAGAAGAAGAAUUACUCAUAAAAUUACUUUCAUUGGCCUUGCAGUGCAAUAAACCACACAACGGCAAACCUUAUCAAGACACAGUAACAAAGAAUAUAUUUAAGGGAACUGCUAAGAAAACUAAAACAAAUUCUAUUUGGAUUGUACUAAAUUAUGCACUGUGAAAUUCUUUAAUUUUCUAUCACUGAUGUUUGAUUCCGUAUUCCGUUUCAAUUUCUGUUUCCAUUUCCGUUUCCGUGAUUCUGUUUCCGUUUCCGGAUUCCAUGUUUCAGUGCUGCCGGAGUGCAGGCGAGAUUCUGUGUUGAAGUGGAAGGUUGGUGGUGCUGGUUUAACUUGAAAAUGAGGCAAGAUUCUUGCAUGAAAGUAAGGUAAAACAGAGAAAAUGGCCACCAAAUUUGAUUUGCUUCACAUGUCAUGCACAGGUAGCCCAACACGAAAGUACGUGCAAAUACUUUUAACUCUCAUCACCUAGUGGCUGAGAUAGUUUGAAAUCAGAUCUCGAACUAAUUUGCCCCUUUAGGCGAUCCAUGUCCUACUAAAGAGUGCAUAAUAUUUGCAAGAAAGUUCAAAGACCUUAAAAUUACUUGAAACAGUUUUUAAACCUGGAGAUUCAAAAUGUACCCUGCAUUUAUAUACACGGUAGGUUUUUGGUGACAUUAAGACUUUGCGGUUUAGGUCAAUUGACUUAGUUAAAAGAAUAUACUGACUAUGGGUUUCACCAUUUCGAUGUACUUGAUACUGAAAGAUUAAGCCUGAGUACUGAAGAUUGUAUUGUGUAACAGUUGCUCGUUCUCUGCUUUUCAUUUUGAUUUCACAGGUGGCAAAGGUGUAGGAAAGUCCAGUUUAGUUCGAAGAUUUGUUCUAGGAGAAUUUGGUGAACAUUGUCCUAGAGGACGUCAAAGUGAGACGCUUUUUUUUCUACUUUUUUGAACUAUUAGAUAAUCAUGAAGUGUUUUCGUGUUAACAUAAUUAACAUAAUUUUGCUACUUUACUCAUUCAGUUUAUUCCUUCUACCUUUAGUUUUUUGGGAAAAGGCUUCACUUCCAUGUGUGGACGACGACAAGCACUAUAACCAUGGACUCAUUGUAUGGGAUGGUGAUCCUCAAACAGUCAUUCCCCCUGGCAUUGAACUUGGGGAUGAUGUGAUUGGUGAGGCAGUUGUUGUCGUAUAUGAUGUAACAAACCGAAAUUCGUUUCUUGAGGCAGAGAAACUUGUGCGAUUUUACACGCGGCUUGGCAUUCCUGGGCAUCUGUAUAUUGAAGGUCCGCGUGUUGUGGUUCUUGUAGGAAGUAAAGCUGAUCUUUGGAUGUACAGAAAGAUAAAAUAUAAGGUAUCAAGCUAUCAUGAUUUUAUUCAUGUUUAACUUCCAUGGAAAUCAUUACACCUCCCUGUUUAUAGACCUCAAAGAGCGCAUUUUUUUCUUCUUUAGUUUGUUUAGGAUAUAGCUUAGUGUUUUUUUUCUUGAAGUCCUUUUGAAUGGGGCGUUGGUUGGGUGAAGAUUUUUGCAGCUUUAACACUUUGUUGUGGAUUUUAAGGCCCUGUUUUCAAAGGAGGAGGAUAACCCUGGUGCUAGGGUUACUGUAAGGUUACCUUGGGAAGAUAUGAGUGCUUGCAUGCAAUUUCGAUGGUUUGUUUUUAAGCUUGUUACGUCACUUAUCACCUGAAAGCUUCGAUUCUCUUCAGUCUGUCUUUUUGUUGACACUACCGGUCAUCCAAAUGUUUCUCUGUGGGUUAAGUGUAGGAACUGUGUCAACCUAUCUGGACUGAAAUGAUUUGAAAACAAACCGUUCCACGCGGCCAUGUUAGUACCCUGCGAGCAGAGUCUCCUUCGAUCUUGACUUAUCUAGGAAGAUCGAAGGAGACUCUGCUAGCAGGGUACCAUGUUACUAGCUUUGGCAGUUAAGAGCUGUGUCAGUCAUACCAUUAGUAAAAAAACAAUGGCUUUGAAUUCGUGGAUUUGUUCGUCGCGAAACCAAGAGAAACUUACUCUCGGUUAGUUUCUGCGGUUGUUUGAGCGAUAAAAAAAUUACAGUGCUUUUGGUGAAAAAUUUCGAAGGCAUAAAUAUAUUACAGAUUUCAGUGAGAUUAAAUGGAUCGAAAAAUGAGCACACAGAUAUUAAGCAUCAAUACCCUCGCUCCUAAAAAGCGCAAAGGAGCAGUUAAUAGCCUGUUCCAGGCGUUUAGAUGCUGGUGAGCGAGUUGAAUAGUACGUGGCGUUGUUUUUCCCUCUUCAAAUUUUUGCCCCCGUCCCAACAUUUGAACGCCUCAAGCAGUCUAAGCCUUUAAAGAGGGUCUCAAUGGGGUGGUGGGUUUUACGGUUAUCGGCUAAAAUUUUGGCUCCUUUACGGCUAUCGGUUAAUUUUUUUCAGUUACGGUUAACGAAAAAGUUAAAAAUUAACUUAUUUGUUUCAAAAAGUUAAAUAUUAAUUAACCUGUAUUUUUUUGUAUCUUUAAAUCAAAAUAAAGGUCCUCGGAUCAUCUCGGGAUGAAAUAAGCUAUUCUUUUGAAAAAUUUUAACAUUUGAUAGGUCAUACUUUUUAUAAAGUAUUCCACUUCUAAUAUUAUUUUACACAUAGAAAUGUCAAUAGUCAAUUUAAAAAUAAUCUUUGUCAAAAAGCAAAAGCAGACAUGCAAACGCCCAACUCAAGGCCGGGGCGCGAAAUUCAUUAUAACAGAAAUGGCCGUUUUCACACAAGAGACGGAUUAUUCGUGUGAGACGGGUUAUCCGUUUGAUGAUUCGCGUCAGAUAGGUAAUACGUCUUAAUUUCAGAAAUGGAAUAGUUUUAAUUUUGAAUGAACAAUCCGCCUGACUUUUGAAGACAGGAUUAUCCUUUCCAGAUAACCUGUGUACAGCCGCCCCCUGCCCUCAGAAAAAAUCGGAGAAGAGGUGUCUGUGGGGAGGACGCGACUGUACACAGGCUAGUCUCAGACGGAUGAUCCAUUUCAAGCUCUAGCGUGAAAACGGCCAAUAACGAAAUUCCCGUGUCCAGUGUUUUUAACAUAGCGAAGGACUGUACGGAGCGACUGUCUGCCGUUGCCUUGUUUGUCAGCCGCAUUAUUCCGCGCGGCUAAUGCGUUUCGGGUCACGUGGUCCGAGCGAGUUCGCCACCGAAAUGCCUUGACCGAGAUUGCGUGGGAAGACGCCGUACAGGGACUAGGCAUGGCAAUGUCUACCGUAGCGUCAGAGAAAAAACAGGGAAAUGUUGUUUAUCGGCAACGUGUUUUACAAACAGUGACACCUCUGCGUGUUGUUUCACCAGUGUUUCGAGGGCACGACCUCCUAAAAAAACAAAUAUUAAUCCCCAGCAAGAAGCCACACUUUCGCUAUGGAAAAAAUUAGUUCCCUGAGAUCGCCGGAAAUGGAGCCUAGGUCUUGGUUAACACCUAAAAGGCGCUGCGCCUAACAUGCGUACGGAGUCACACUAGCCGGGAAAUAAAAAAUGCAACCAUAAGUGAGUUUAGUACCUUCCUUAAAAGUAGCAAAUUUAGGGAACACUUCUUUUACGGUUAACUCUUUUUUACCCUAUUUACGACUAAAGGUUAAAUUUUUUCAAUUUUUACGGCUAUCGACUAAAUUUUUGGCCUUUUUACGCCUAUCGGUUAACCCCAUUGAGACCCUCUUGAGAAUGCUACCAACAAACUCCUCUGAAGCAACGUCUGAGGAAAGUAUUUCAAAUUUCACGCAAAAGGCUCGUGAUGGACAGACAACAACACACUUUUAUCGAAGGACGAAAUCGGCAAUUUGAGGCUAAUUCCUCGCCAUAUUUAUUCAAAAAGGACCUAUAUUUUAAUUUCAGUUAAGUUUAAAGGGAACCUCCACUUCAACAAAAAGAUAACUUUAAAUCACAGGAAAUAACUGUUACAGUCAAGUCAAUCUAAAAUAUUUUUAAAGAAAGCGUUUGUAUCCGAAAGAAAUAACUUUUAGAUUCGCCUAUUUUUGUUUUCAAAUUUUGCGGGCGUCGCCAUCUUGAAUAAUUGUGACGUGUAAUGGUUGCCCUAUUGUUAUUAAACAAAAGCUCUUUGUGUCAGAACAAUACAGCAACCGUAACACGUCAUAAUUAUUCAAGAUGGCGGCACCCGCGAAAUUUGAAAGUGAAAAUAAGCGAUUUUAAAAUUCACUUUUCCUGAUAUAAACACUUUUUUUAAGAAAAAUUUCGAACAAAUUUGUUUAUCAACAUAAUUUUAUUCGAUUUAAACUUAUUCUGUGGUAAGAGUGGAGGUUCCCUUUAAUAAGUGAUUGAGAGACUGGGCACUAAAUGCUUGUGGCGUCAACCGGGUAUCUUAUAGCCAGAAAGCAAGAAGAAAUAUGCCGGGUAGAUGCGUUGCUCCUGGGUGUUCAGCCUUCGCAGAUGUGAAGAAAGGUUUAACAAAUGUAACUCGCUAAAUUUCUUUGUUUAGUGUUUGUUGCGUGUUAUCGCCGAGAUACCGGGUUGACGUUACAGGCUACUCGGGCCAGUCCCCCAUAAGGCGCGUUUUUUACUUCGUGAACCGGGAUUUUGAUCGCCUGUUAAAAAUCGAGAUUGAGCUCAAAUCCCAUUCUAUUGCUUGUUUUCGCAUGUUAUAUGUUUCUACUUUUUAAAAAGAAAGAUAUUGGCCAUGGGUGAUAGGCACUUUAAGUGCAAUCAAAUGAUGCAUUUUUACAAGUUUACUCUUUCUUAAAGGAUCAAAGUCUUGAAACUGGGUGAUGUGAAAUACAUAAUUAACAAUUAAUGAAUGAGGCUGAGUAUCUUAUGAAGAAUUAUGGAGGUCGAGGAGGGUGUUAUCCGUCGAAGCCGUUGGCUGAGGUGGAUAACACCCUCCGAGAUCUCCAUAAUUCUUCAUAUGACACGAAAGCCGAAUUCAAUAAUUGUUUUAUUAUUCAUUCAAAAUAAUUCCCAGUUUAAAAACAUAGCUAAAACGUGCUUACCUCCAUCGUUCUAUCGGUGUUAAGUUCAUCUUCGUUAGUGCACGUUUAGAGUUGUUCAGCUCCGCAAAUAUUCUGCAAAUAGGAGAUGUCGCCCUUCGAGUUGUCUUCUUGCUGUUCUUGCCAUGUUUUUAGCUAUGAUUUCGCCUAGUUCUUACUCUUGAAACGAGUGAAAUGUCCGCCAUUUUUGUUUCCACAACCGAAACAACUCAACCUCGUCCCCAGGUCUUCUCGGUUAUCGGUGCAUUAACCUACUAAUAUCAUAGUAACCUGAGAUCAGGCCCAAUUUGAGCGGUUCUCAUACAUUCUCUCAAACGGCUACCGCUGAAAUUGCCCGCCGGAAUGUAAUUUUCAAAGCGAAACGAAAAUAGAGCCUGAUCUCAGGUUAAUAUCAUAGGUGACGAAUUACUCCUUAAUUUUGGCGCGAAAUUUCAGCGUUAAUUUGUAAUUUCACAUGUAAAAUUACAAAAUUGCCAUGGCAACCGUUCCGUACGUCUCAGUGUCAAGAUGGCGACGAAGUUUUAAAAUGCCGUGAAUGAAGAUGUCAGGGCACAAAAAAGACGCUUAAGAAAACCUGAACACACAAGAGAACAUCAAGGAGGAUUCUAACAGGUAUUUUGCCGAAAAAGUCUGAAAAAUUCUGAACUUUAUAAGCCAAAUUUAAGGUCUAAACAUUUGAGAGAGUGGAGUUCUCGAUCGAUACAAUCCAGGAUAAACAUGUCAAAAAUCCAAGAUUGCUAACGUAAUUCGUCACCCAUGAUAUUAAUAGGUAAUCAAAUGGUAUAAUCGUGAAAUUAGGUAAUAAUUUCACUUGCGUUUUGUCCAAAUCCUAAUAAUUUCCCGAGCCUUCAGGCGAGGGAAAUUAUUAGGAUUUGGACAAAACGCAAGUGAAAUUAUUCCCUAAUUUCACUCGUCACCAUUUGAUUACACAUACAAAUAGGCUGCAUUUUUGACGUCAUUUCCUCGCUAAACACAAAAUUCUUCCAAAUUUGGUCAUCAGCAACUGGUUAUAGUGAAUUAUGCGUGUGCCUUUAGCCAAUCAGAAUCGGGGAAACAUUUUGAAUGAAUAAUAACAAAUAUUUAUAGUUAACAAGCAUUUUUACUUUUAACUGAGAUUUACCGACAACCGACAAAGAUCGAAAAUUUUAACCGACUACCGACAAGGUAAUUGAAUUUUAACCGACAACCGACAAGUGAACCCCCCCCUCCCCUCCCGAUUCAAACCGUCAUAUAGGGUAUUUUCUGUAUACUGUGAUCGUAUUUUCUCGUGAAUUUAACUUGUUUUUCGUCACAUCUUCAAGAUUUCAUUCAAAUAUUGGGCGUUACAAAGGAUGUGCGUUUUAGUCACGCAGGACGAAACACGUCAGUCAAGUUUGUAAAGUUGACCCGAGAAGUUAACCCUACCUGGGAAAUUUUGCUUCUUUAUCCGGGCUAUCUUUAACCCGCUUGCUGGUAACCCUAACACCAGGGUUACCCUCCUUCUUUGUAAAAAGGCCUUAAGUCUCAUUUAGUGAGCGAAAGGUAUUUAUGUUUUCCUCCAGCCUGGAGGGUCAAUAAUGUUAGGAUUUCGGAGUUGUGUGCCUUGUAUUUAUAGCGGAGCACCAUGGGUAAGAAAAUUUGGUAAACUAUCCAUCCCAGAAAAUUUGGUUAUGACGUAGCGUACGCCCGCCCGUCCGUACACACACUUCAUGUAAGCCGAUGUCAAAUGUCACAAUAGAUCUUGCACAACUUGACUAGCCUCUUAGUUAUGUAAGCCAUCCGUAUGAGUACGAUUAGAUUGACAGCUGUCAAAAUCAGACAUCCGCUGACAAUUAUCACAUGACCGUCUCGCGGGCUCAGAUAAAAGACCAGUCGGUUUGCCCCUACAUAUAAGCUGAUAUAAUUUGUCACACUUACCAAUUCAACACAAAAACAAAACUACGCCGGGCAAGGCUGUCAGUUGGCUGACAGUCGUUUAAAGUUACAUUGGCAAGCCAAAUUAAGGUCAAUUGACAGCUGUCAAAAUUGGACAUGUGCAGACCACUAUCAGAAAACUAAUAACGAGGGCUCAGGUUCGCUCAGGUACACGAUCUGGCAUUUUCCACUACAUGCCGGACGGAAAUGUCCUACUCACACUCGUAGUCUGUUAAUUCGAAUAUUCGCCAUUCUAAUGAAGGUUAAUUGACAGCUGUCAAACUAGAGUAUACGCUGACCAUCAUCACCUGAGUGGAUCGAGGGGUCAUUUUUCUAUCUAUUGAGGUCACGUAGUGUUUAAAGUUUUGCGCUGAUAUUUUAUUUGAUCACGGGCUCAAUUCGAAGCCCCAUAGCUAUAUAGAAAAUCUAUCCAUCCUAGAAAAUUCGGCAAUCACGUGACCGUACACCGACCACCCGACCUUCCGUCCGUCCGCACCACAGGCAUACCAAUGUUUAAUCUCACACUUUCUAGCUAGUUUGGGAGCCUGCAACCUGAUAUUGUACAUCCAUGUUUUGAUUAAUUGACAGCUGUCAAAACAGUGUUUCUGCUGACCAGUAUCGCCUGACCGUAUCGCGGGCUCAGGUAUCGACCCUCUGAGUUCGAGUAAUAUUUUGAAGGUAUCCGCUGACAAGUUGCUACUUUUCAAAUGAUCGCAGGCUCAAGUUCAAUUUUUUUAAAAUGCAUAUGAAAUAAGUCAUGUUUCAUGAGCCGCACUUUUAAAAUGUUGAUUUCGAACUGAUCUCGGACACGAAAAUUCAACCGGCUUUUACAUUUACAUGCAGGGAAGGCAAUCGCUUUUGACUUUUCUCACUGUCACGCGUUGAUCACGCUCUACGUCCAAUUUUUAUGUUCUGAUUGGUCAAAAUUUAACAGGUGAGUUUAUCCUACAAUAGUAUCAGGUUUAAAAAGCCUUUAGACAUUUUUUGACCCGCAAAUUCAAAGAAAAGGUUCUGAAGAUUAUUUAGUUAUGAUUUUGGCUGUAAACAGAAAGCUUUGAGCGAUUUUCUUGCCUCGAGUUCAUCUUGAAAAAGAGCGAACACCGGGAAGCCGGCUUAAAACGUAAAUAAGCUUAUGCUUGCCUGACUCAUGAUUUUCUGAGACGCUUUACUCUCAAUACUUCUCUUCGUGAAUGAAAAUUAUUGUCUCUGUACAUGUUUCACCGAAUUGAACUUAUUUUAUUGAUUGUUAGUAGUCCCUCUCGCAAUUUUCAUCGCUGCACAGGUUGUUUCCAGUCGAACAUAAACAUCGCAUGUAGGAAUACUCAAAACGCCGCGCGUAAAUAUCACUCUCUUUUAAAGAUUACACAUAACAAAAUUGUACACAGUUUAAUGAAUAAAAGGAAAUAAAACCUAAACAUAACAAUUUCUCUAUCAUGUUGAAGCGUAAAUGGUAACUCUAUUAAUCGCACUGCAAAUUUGGUGCCUGUCAAAAGUGAGAACCCGUCCGGCUGGCCGAAAAGUGAUUUGGGGAAUUUUUUUUAUCGUUUUCAUUAAAAGCCCAUAAUUAUUACCCUGCAUAUCACAUAGGACCAGAUUUUUCUAACAGAAAACGUUUUAUAAUUCAAUGCUAUAAUUUGUUGUGCAAAGGAAGCGCGUGCUUUGAUCGUCGUGGAUAUUGAAUGAGUGCAAAUUCUCUUGCAAAAUUGUGAAAAACUGCAGAAUUAUAGGUUUAAAUAGGGCAAAAAAGAACAAAUUCUGUCCGAGGUCUGUGUACUGUUUACCUGAGACGUGAUGAGAAAAAGUAUGUUUAAAAGGCUGGUUUACACGCCGCCAGAUUCGUCGCCAAGAUUUACUGGUAAACUAAACUUGUCGAACACAAAAAGUCCGGCCUGAUUUUUAUUUUGGCCUCUCUUUUAGACAGAGGAAUGCAACGUGUAAAUUGGCUGCCACCAAGGACUAUCGUGGCGCAUGUGUUUCUUAAAAUUAUAUUUCGGGGUUGUCCAAUUAUCCAUAGUCUCUCUAUACUAACGGAGCAAUGUUGGAGAGACUGGUGAAUGCCACAUUAUGAUGCUACAGCUAAAGCAAAUAGAAUACACGAAUAGGUCUAUUUGUUUUCCAGGCCUAAUCUACUGUGAUCGAACAUGAUUGCUAUUUUUCGGUGUACAAAUAACUUGAUGUAAAAUUUGUUUCACUCUUGAACGGUCAAAUUCUGAUUUUUCUCUAAAAUCACUUAACCUUUGCCUCAAAAGUCAAAUGAAUGUGCCCUGAUCUGUGGAUUACAAGUUUAUUGUUUGAGUUAAAUUAUGAAUUUAUUAACGGGAGCUUUGCUUUUAGCCCUGGCUAAAUCUAUAUAUUUCUCUCUUUGCUAGAAGUUUGAGCGUGAACUACGUCGUCAUUUCUCUGUCUAUUUUUGUCGUUUCGCGAUAAUAAAUCGUAAAUGUCGUAGCUAUGUUCAGUCCUUCAAAUAUCUGUUUGCAGAGUACACAUUUUUCAGGCCCAACGUCAAUUUUCGGAAAAUAUCUGUUCGGAAGACGAUUUGAGAUCUUGAAUUUUCGAAACAUUUGUUGUAAAAUUUCUUGCUUGCCUGCCUCUCCUAGGAUUUUCGAACAUCUAAAAAAUCGUAUUAUUGCCCAUUUUCAACGGAUUUUUACCCUAAAAAGGUCACCUAGAAUUUUCGGGAGCCUUUUUCUUAGGUACGAUUUUCGAAAAGGUAAGUUUUGAUCCCUAUAAUUUUCGGAUCACUAGACUUUCAGCUAGGAUAUCCGAACAGAUGAUGUUGGUUUUCACAUGACGUCACUAAAAGUCAAACUACAAAACUAUCGAUCCUACUGAGAUUUUACCUUCAUGGUGUAUUAGAGCAGCUGAAAACUAAUUUUCGAACAAAAUUUCGCUUCAAAAGUGUUCUUGGUUUUGUAAUACACUCUUUUUUUUUAUAAGAAUAUAUUUUAUAAGAAUAUCGAGGCUGAAAUUGGCGAAAUUUUAAGAAUAUUUUAAGAAUAAAGCCGAGGCUGAGAUUUUGAAAAGGAUAGAUAUAAUUUUGUGUGUUGAAACAUCUGUAAAUACUUAACUUAACCGUAUAAAAUUAUUCCUUUCUCUCAACGGCGAAACUAGCCAACAAAACGAAAAAACCUGCACUAGCUAUAGCGAAAUGUUCAAAACUAAUGACAGUUCGCGGUACAUGUAAUACGUAUGUACAGUAUUCAGCACAAAAGACAUAAACUAAACUGCAAAAAAGUAUUAUGACAAAUUCUUUCCUUUUUAAAUAACAAAACCUAGCGAAAACUAAAACAGCACUAGGCUUUAUUUAAGAAUAAUACAAGAAUAUUUUCAGCCUAAAAUCGGCAGAAAAAUAAGAAUAUUCAGCCUGGGCCGGAAAAACAACAUUCUUAUUAAAAAAAAGAGUGUAGAGUACGCUUGAAUUUCUGAGCUUUUGCGUGACGCAGCAUUUACAUGACGGCCGAGAGAGCUGUCAGUUAGGUUAAAAAAGUGACUUUUUUCGAGGAAUGUUGCUAUCAAAACAGUUCAAGUGUUAGAAAAAGUAUUACUGUAAUGUUUAUGAGUUCCUCUAGGAGUAAAUUCACGCUUUUGUAGCAAAACUUGGUAACAGAUGUUUCUGUUGGUUUCCGUCCGCCAUGUUGGAGCUCAUCCGGAUGAGCUCCAGCAUGGCGUCUCCAUACAAAGCUCUAUAAAUUUGGGUAAAACAUUUCCUCGGAUAUCUCGUAUACGAAUUAUUCCUUCGACCCAAAUCUUGGCGAGGGUCUUUGUAUAUUUACCUCCUUUCAUUUCCCAGAUUCUGAACUUUAUCUGUCGAAUGGUUUUGAUUUUUAUUUUGAUCUACUGUAUUUUGAAUGGCAUGACACUGAAAACCAGCAAUAUCUACCGUUUAAAUACUAAAAUACGUUUAGCAAUGCUAUGUUUAAGUGGUUUUGAACUAUAUUCUCGUUGGGUGCCCCUGAUUUUUUGCAGACAUACUAAAGUAGAACUGCAUUACACUUUUCCCAAGGGCGACUAUGCCGUGUAUCUCCAUGUACAGUGGCUACGGACUCAUUCCACGGAAACGAGAGUGUCAGCCCUGACACGCUCGCUCCUCUCAUCUCGCCGCCACCCAGCCGAUUUUGUGUGAGGCAUAUACCAAAUUUCGCGCGGCAUUUUUUUGUUCCAAAAAAUAAUCAAAGUGCGACCUCUGUGCUUCUGUUUGGCAACAAUACCUGUCUUCUUUUGUUGUUUUUCUGAAGGAUGCUCAGACUUUCGCCCAGAAGCAUGGUAUCCCGUUCAUGGAAGUGUCAGCAUUUACAGGCAUGAACGUGCAUAAUUUGUUCUCCAAAAUGGGUACGUUUACCUUGAGUGUGCUAAUGAAUAUGCGUUAUUGACCAAACGUGAUGUCAAGAUGGCUGGAUAUUGGCCAAGUUCUUUUUGUCUCGGUCAAUCGAAACACACAAAAAAAACUAACCUCGUCCCCAGCAAAAGCGCCCUGGAGAGGAGGUUGAAAAAAUGCGUGGCCCGCAACAUUCAUCCAUCUUGACGGAGCAAGCUUGGUAAAUAAAGGAUAUAUUAUAUGGCGAAAAGCGGGACCAACGCGGGAAAUUCGGAGCGGGAGAGUCGGGUAGCCAAUCAGAAUGCAGGACUUGCUUCAUCUUGCUCGCUCGCGGAUUCAACAAAUACGGGCAACAUUUUCGCUCAACUUGUAACGCAACCGUUGUUGCAUUGCAAGUUGAAAAGCGUUGUUACCCGUAUUGCCACCUUCGCUCCCAACUUGCCACGCAACAAAUUUCGAUGUUGCAAGUUGCGGCAACAUGUUGCGCAAUUUGUAGACCCUAGUUCUGCUUUUGGCAACAAACUUUCAGUUUUAUAACUUGCGUCACAACACUUGUGAUUGGUCGAUUUUCCGGCCCCACAAAAAGUGCGGGAACAUGAUGAGUAGGCUCCCUCUCCCCUCGCGUGUCUGUCUCGCACGCCCCGUUUUUUCCUGCGGCGAUAUUUCCAAGUGGAGUACCUCCUCGAGAUUUCGCCUUUUGGGCAAAAUCCCUGAUCUUAAUUGAAAAUAUUACUGAUAGUUUUGCAAAUACUUUUUGAAAUACUGUGAAUAAGAAAUUUUGCAAGAUUGAGAAUUGUCUCGGUAUGCAUUUAAACAAUGACCUAAUAUGACAUGAAAGUGCCUUGUACUGUGUCAAUAGAUCUUUGAAAUGUAUACACCUCUUUAACUUGUAUGUUUUGUUUUCCCAAUAGAGGUCCCAAGGGAACUUUGCCCUUUGUCUUGUCAUACAUUACGCGUAGAUAUACACGUGAGUAAUACAAAAUUUGAAAGAAACAGUUCUUUAGAGUAUCAUCAAUUGACCUGUAAUCCUGUAUUGGGAAAACAAAACAUGCAAGCUUAAGAGGUCAAUUACGCUCGCAUGCACAUGUGAUUGUAUCCUCACCCAUACAUUAAUAACAACUUGUACCCACAUACUGUACAAAACACUUUCCAUAAAGUAUUCCAUAUAGUACUUGCUAUCUGUAUAUCCGCACCAAUGGCUCUUCAAUUUAUUCGGUCACUUACCGAAUUUGAAGUACUUAAAUAUAAACUGUCAAUUUUAAAAUGACUGAAUAGGCUUUGUUCAAUUAAGCCACCUGAUCGUAUAUGCAGUGAUCUCUCUAAUACGCAAACUGUACUGAGAAAUAAUUGAAAUUGCCUAGCCGAAUUUUUUCUUGAUAUUUUUUUUUUUUGGGGGUGGUGGGGAGGGGGCUGCAACACUCCAGGUACUGGUUAUAUAUUUUUUACACUGCUUUAUUGUUUUAUGUAUUCAGGUAUGAUGGUACAAAGCCGUGUUUUGGUUUGGAACCGGAACGUACUUCUGAGUUCGCCAUUACCAUUAAUGGAAAUUUAUGGCAUUCCGUUGACAAUAUCGCCAAUUGAAAAUUUAGACUUAGACGUCUUAGACCGAACCCCCGCCUUGCGUUCGAUAUGCAAGUUGGAUUUAAGCCACAGUCAACUAUACGGACUGCCUGAAGCCAUUGGUUCUCUACCUUCCCUGACCCACUUGUUCCUCAGUGACAAUCACUUGUCAUCACUACAGCCUGAAAUUAUAAGAACACUAGUAAACCUGCAAGAGCUGGACUUGAGAAAUAACCAAUUAAACUACUUUUCAUUGGAUAUCACUGAGCUGAGUUGUCUUCAAAGGCUAAGUGUUCAAGGAAAUCCUCUGAAACGUGAUGAAAGAAGAAAACUGAUGAAGCUCGCCCAUAGUGAGAGAUGGAUAGAUAUUGCAGGUGAAUGUAAAAUCCUUUAGUAGAAAUGUGGUGAAGUUGUGGAUAGACUUUCUCAAAGUCCUUCGCUACUCGUUUCCGGUUUCGGUAUUAGACCCCAGCCAGCUCGCUUUGCUACCUAAAACAUUAAAAAUUUCUAGCUCGCGCUUUGCGCUCGAGAAAAAUUUUGAGCUCGACUUGUAGGCAUAGCCUAGAAGUCAAGUGCAAAACUCAACAAAAUGCCACUUUAACCGGCCAGGACCGACAAGGAGACGUUCAGUUAAAGGUAUGUUAGCUUUGUUUUGUUAGAUUUUGACUUCUAGGUUAUUUUAGUUCGAUAAUAGGGUUUUUAGAUAUAGCGGCUCGUAAGAGUGUCAGAUUCGAUCAGAAAUUGACAGAGGAAAUUCUACGGGAAAAUAAACCACACAAAGAGAUAAUGGUAAAUAUAUGUCUGUCUGGAUUUCAUACAAGGUGCCUGUACUGAGUCUCUAGACAGCCAAGUCCAAAGAACAACUACUCACCCUCUCCACCCAUGAAGCUUAUGACUAGUCAAUCACUUCCUCCAAGCUCUGCUAGUAGUGUUAUGAUUAUGAGUCACCCCAUUGAUUUGGCUGGCCUAGGCCACAGGAAAAAUUAUCUGACUUUGCACUGCUUUCUGACAUUAAAAUCUAAUCAAAGUGACAAAUUCUCCCUUCCCUAACCUUCUGGUUUUCACACAAAACAGGGAAGCCACCCACCCACGGAUAGGUCUAGGCCUGAGCUCUCUGCUGACACCUAGCAAGACGCCAAACCCUGUUUUUUUCCGGCUACACUGGCUUGAACACGGACGAUGCGAAAACUUAACGAGCACCUUUUAGCAAAAUCACACUUAUUUAUUUGAAACAUUACACAUUUUCUAACUCCUCCUCAGUCGAACAUAACGACUCAUCCCAUUUUGUCUAAGUUAUUGACAUACACUACGUCUGGGCUGCCUGUGGUCCAGGUCGAUAAAAAUGCAAAACAGAACGGGGCCGAUACUUUCAGCCAUCUUCACCGAACAAGCUUGGUCAAGCUUGACCAGAAAAACUUAGUCGAUAUUAGAUGGGCUCCUGCUGGGAGGGGUAAAUGCAGUCAUGCUCACUGUGUUAGAGGGUGACAUUUCUUUGUCCUAAGAGCUUUUUGCCCGAAAAGAACUCACUCAAGACUACUUAUCGAUACUUAUUCACCAUAACUACAAUGUUCAGCCUGUCGUGAUAAUUUUGCGUUUUUGUCUGGUUUAUAUGUCGAGUGAACUCUUGAUAGGCGUUUGUCUGUACUAUCGAAAAUAAUGGUCUCCGUGGUUAAUGCCACUUUUUCAUUUGUAUUUGUUGUUUUACUUAGACUAGUAAUGACCAAAGGUUACGGAGCGCGGGCGACAACGAUCGAAGGUCAAAACGCUUUCGCUUAAACGCUGUGCUUUGCGUAAGUUUCACGUGAUAUAGAUGGUCAAAACACGUUUGAUUAAAUUACAAGUGAUAAAAGGUCUGAACGCGCCUGAUCACAGAUUGCCUUCGAUGCAUACCAUUCAUUCUUAGUGGAAGACCAAACGAAGCUGGCUACAUGCCGGCGGAGUAUGCGGAAUAGCAACCUGGAGAUUAGGAUUGCAGGCUCCCCUCGUCGCCCGCAAAACUCCGAUUCUAGAAGAAAACGGAAGUUGCACGGAAGUGAGGCUUAAUCGCCCUCGCGGCAAAUUUAAAAUAACUAACAUGUCGGACGAUCAAGUCGGUCUUACUCCAGCGGACAUAAGGUUCUAAAGUGGUGACGUCAUAAAAAUUAAAUUUGUGAAAUUAUGGGAUUUGUCAAGAUAUUCUGAAAGAACAACGUCCAAGAAGCCUAUUUGCUGAAAAUUAGCAUUUCGGGGAAAAUUUUCUCUGAGAUAUUAGCCCAGUUAUGCUCUGAGGACUCCAUACAAUCCGUCUAAAUUUGACUUGGGUCUAAAUGUUUAGACCCCAGCCAAAUUUAGAAGGAUUUGUAUGGAGUCAUCACUCAGGCCACUUAAGGCGUGACUAUCUAAUUAAAUAUGCAUAUUUUGGUAAGAUGCUAUUUAGAACGGUUUGCUUCUAUCAAUGAUCCUGAAAACUGAACUACAAAUGUAGCUUAAUGGCCUUAGCAAUAUGCGUGCAUUUUCGUCACGUGACUGAUAAUUGAGAAUUAACGGUCAAAAUAUUUACUCCAAAAUGGGGAAAGGAUAAUGAAAGAGCAACAAGUUCUUUUAGGUACAUUUCAGAGGCUGUUAAAAAGGUUCUUAUAAAUUCGCCUUGUAUGUGUGUUUACGUCAUAUAGGAAUCGGUAAAUAAAGGGAAAAGGGUCACGUGACUAAUUAAUUAGUGAAAUAGCUAAUAGGUAUGUGUAAUCAAAUGGUGACGAGUGAAAUUAGGGAAUAAUUUCACGCGCGUUUUGUCCAAAUCCUUAUCCUAAAGGCUCGGGAAAUUAUAAGGAUUUGGACUAAACGCGCGUGAAAUUAUUCCCUAAUUUCACGAGUUUCACGAGUAUACCAUUUGAUUACCUAUUAAUAUCAUGGGUGACGAAUUACCUUAGCAAUCGAGGAUUUUUGACUUGUUUAUCCUGGAUCGUAUCGAUCGAUCGUGAACUCCGCUCUCUCAAACGUUUAGAGCAGAAAUUUAGCUUAAGUUUUCAGAAUUUUUUGACAACAUACCUCUAAGAAUCCUUCUUAAUGUGCUCUUUCGUGUGUUCAGGUUUUCUAAAGCGUCUUUUUAUGCCCUGACAUCUUAAUUCAUGACAUUUUAAAACUUCGUCGCCAUCUUGAAACGGAGACGUACGGCAGGUUGCCAUGGCAAUUUAGUAAUUUCACAUGUGAAAUUACAAAUUAACGCUGAAAUUUCGCGCCAAAAUUAUGCAGUAAUUCGUCAUCAUACAAGGCGAAUAGGCAACUUUCGCUAUAUUAAAAUUCAGCAUGAUAGCGAGUCUUAGAGGACACAAACAAAGAAAAUGAAUAAACCAUGAUUAUUCGUGUUUAUUCAUUUUCUUUGUUUGUGUCCUCCAGGACUCGCUAUCAUGCUGAAUUUUAAUAUAUCGAAUGUAGCUUGUUUACGAUUUACAUUGUUUAUGUAACGUUUUGGUAGUGAAAAUUCCUAAGAUUAAGGUUUGCAACCCUUCCCCGUUUAGGAAAAUGUGUUUUGUGACGUCAUUGAGGAAGCGAUGUCACGUGUUAUUUGAAAUCACGUUUCACGUGUUUUUUUCUUUGAGCCACAUUUGUAGUUCACUUUUCAGGAGCACUGAUGGAAGCAAACCGUUCUAAAUAGCAUUUACUAAAAUAUGCAUAUUUAAUUAGGUAGUCAUGCCUUAAGUGGCCUGAGCAGAUUAUAACUGGGCUAUUAUCUCAGAGACAAUUUGCCCCACAAUGCUAAUUUUUGGCAAGUGGGCGUCUUCGACGUUGUUCUUUCAGAAUAUCUCGACAAAUCCCGUAAUUUCACAAAUUUAAUUUUUCGUGACGUCACACUUUAGUACUCUAUUCCUGGUACUAGCUUUUUUGAAGAAGAGAUAGAAAAAUUGACCGUCGCUCAAAUUAACUUUUGGUUAAAAUACCGCCGCAUAAAUCAAAGUGGUAAUAAGAAGGAACUGUUUGAAAGGUAGUUGUACAUCAUCUUCGAGCUUCGCGAGAUCGAUCAACUGUUUGUGCUGUUUAUUUUCAACUAAAAGUUUACGUAGCGGUUAAGACACAUGUUUUCAUAUAAAAGUUGUUUUCUCAGGGUCAAGAACCUGAAAGCAAUGCAAAUCUAAAAAUAUAUGAUCAUGACCCAGAGAGGAUCUUCACUAUAUAAAGUAAAGUUAGCGAGACAGAUUGAAGAACUGAAGGAGAAUGGGGAAACCCAGGGACCGCGGAGGGGGAGGGGCUGGCACUUUUAUUGCUGGGAUUUAUUUUAUAGGACUCCAGUUGACAUGGAAAAAAUUUCCGUGGAAUUAUUAGACUUUGCCCUAUGGAAGUGGGAUGUUUGCUUGUCCGAACGGUUACAACCCGAUGUGCGUGCAAGGAUAAUAAGAUGUAAGGCCCAAAUGGAGUGAUUUGACUUUUUCUCUGCUGUGCAUCUUGGAGAGCACCUUUACUGCCUCACCGAUAAUCUAUAUAAGGAUCUUCAGGGUACUAAGAUGGCUGCUGUCAGUGGACAACGCCUGGCAAAUUUAACAAAGGAGACGCUCACAAAAAUUCGCAUUGAUCAAAGCUCCUGGACCAUUUCUAUGCUGAUGUUGCCCGCAAGAGUGAAGGCCUGCUUGGCGAACCAACGCUUCCAAGAAAACGACACACUCCGGACAGACUGGAGGUUGGUGCUGGUGCACCAAGCUAUCCCCAAACUGCUAAAGAUCACUUUGGACGGGCCUUAUUAUGAGGCUAUUGAUCUUAUCGUCAGGGCUAUUAUCAGCGCGUUAAUCAGGAAAGCUUCAGCUCUUAAGCCCAGAUGGAGACCCUCUUACUUAAAGCUUCUAUAGCUAAUGGUGACGAGUAUGAGGCAGAGUUCAGUUUCUCGAAGCAUAAUACAGGGAAGAUGCUGCGAUACAGGGACGCUACCUGGGCAACUAAGUACUAUGGAAGUUAUGUUAAAGGAAGAGAAGAUAUCGUGUUUUGACGAAAUCCUGUUGGCGGUGUUAAAGUUUCCAGAACCAGAAAAGAAGCUAAUUCAGGAAGUCCAAACUAUCUGUAAGCUGCUUGCUUUAAAUCCUAUUACCAGCGUUGCUGGCGAGGGUUCAUUCUCAUCUGUACUGCGUACGACGUCUGAAGACGUGGUUUCGAUCCAGGAUGGGUGAUGAGAGGUUUAGCAACCUAGUAGUAACGUUGAAUGGUCACAAGCCGAGAACAGACAGUGUCUCUAUAGCUGAGGUUGCACAGGAGUUUGUUUCCAGCAAUGAGGACCGCAAGAGAAAUUUCGGAACUGCUGACAACUUCAAAGUAGCAAUCUUAGGGACGGACCAUUAGGAAACGUAUGGGGGGGAGGGCGCGGGCGAAGUACAAAAAAAAAAUUCGCGCAAGGGAAAAUUAAAUGAAAAAAAAUUCAUGCACGCCAAUUAACCCUAAAAAAUAUUCAUGCUAUGGCCUAAAAAAAAUUCAUACAAGGAAUUUGAUAACGAAAAAAAAUUCCUGCGGCUCGAAAAUUCCCCUCCCCCCCCCAUAACUUUUCUAAUGGUCGGUCCCUUAGGAAGGUUUAUUCAACAUAUUGGCUAUAUAUACUGGAUACUAUAACGCGUGACAACGUUUAUGGUAUAUUUGUUGAGGCUGUAAAUAAGAUGGCGUGCAAAUGCUAGACUGCGAGCAGUCUCUCUUUUUCUUCAGAUUUCAAGGCCGUAAGGGGAGUGCACGCGCGUGCGAGCGUUGAGCGGCGAACCGCAAGACGCGAGAAACGAGGGCGGCAGCCGGGUCAUUUGCGUGUCUAGGGUGUUUUGCUCGACGGAUCAAGAGAAAAGAGAGACUGCUCGUAGUCUACGCAAGUGCAAGGUAAAUGGCGAAACACCGAACUUAAUGUUUCUUUGUAUUGGCAAGAUUUUUUAGCCCUACCACUUUAAAAUGGUCUCCGCGGUCCCUGAAACCGCGAGUGAUGCAGCAAACCACUUCUGAUCAAGAACUUUCCCACCGUUGAUUCAGCAUUUGGUGAUGAUUUUACCGUCCUUCCCACGUUCUUUCCGACUGAUACAUUAGAACACCUAAAGAACUGUAGAAAGAACACCUGCCAGAAAAUCUGCUGAUUCCGUUGCCGAGUUUGCAGGUUCUAAAGGGUUCAGAAUGCUCUCAUUUUUGUUCGCGACCUCAAGUGUGUGCGAGUCUAAAUUCCGAGGAUGAUGUUAUUUACCUAAAAGCUUUUUGCUGGGCCUCCCGUAGGAUGAAGUACAAAGUCAAAAUGGUAGUUCAGAGGAACGGCAAACCCAAAAUUCGGGCUGCCGAGUGUGACAAAAUAUGCCCAGCCGGAAAAAGUGUUUGUUGCUGCCGUGUGAUGGUGGUAAUCUGGAAACUGGACGAAAUAUCCAGAAACAAAAAAGUUAAACCUACUGAUAACCGUAGCUGUGGCUCUAAACCAAAGAAAAUGGGAAAUACCAGGGAACAGGACUGUACAACAUAAGCCAAUCAUGACUUUUUAAUCCCCGCCAGUUCUCAGACAUCCAAGAAAGAAAGCGUCGAGGUGUCUAUCCCACGCUGUUCGAUCAGAGACCAUCAAAAUCGCGUACCUUAGAACUAGAAUCAGUUGAAAGAUUGAAAGAAAAUAAACAAAAAGUAAAUCCUGCUGUUCCAUUUCCGAAAAUGAUCCUUGAUGCGGAUAGUAUCAAGGUACUUGACACAAUAGCUGGAGAAAUUGCGUAUGGUGGCUUAUGGUUCUGAAACAAAUCUGAUUGUUUGUGGUAAGUUAAAACUAUACCUACAAGGGCCAUCUCUGAGCAUAGGGUAAGCUAACUCAGAUGUGAUAUAUUUAUUAGAUUUCCUGUAGGAGGCCCAGCAAAGCGCUCUAAGGUAAAUCAGUAACAUCAUCCUCGGAAUUUACACACUUGGAGGUCGUGAACGAAAAUGAGAGCAUUCUGAACCCUUUAGAACUUGCAAACUAAACUCGACAACGGAAUCAGCAGAUUUCCUGGUGUUCUUUCUACAGUUCUUUAGGUGUUCUAGUGUGUCAGUCGGAAAGAACGUGGGAAGGACGGUAAAACCAUCACUCGAAAUCACAAAAUGCUAAAUCAACGGUGGGAAAGUUCUUGAUCAGAAGUGGUUUGUUGCAUCACUCGCGGUUUCCCCAUUUUCCCUCAGUUCUUCAAUCUGUCUCGCUAACUUUGCUUUAUACGGUGAAGAUCCUCUCUGGGUCAUGGUCAUAUAUUUUUAGAUUUUCAUUGCUUGCAGGUUCUUGACUCUGAGAAAACAAAUUUGGUAUGAAAACAUGUGUCUUAACCGCUAUGUAAUCUUUUAGUUGGAAAUAAACAGCAUAAACAGUUGAUCGAUCUCGCGAAGCCGGAUGAUGAUGUACAACUACCUUUCCAACAGUUCCUUCUUAUUACCAUUUUGAUUCAUACGGCGGCAUUUUAACCAAAACUUUAGUUAAGCAACGGUAAAUUUUUCUGUCUCUUCUUCACUAAAGCUAGCACCAGGAAUGUCCUCUAGAGUAAGAUCGACUUGAUCGUCCGCCAUGUUAGUUAUUACAAAUUUGCUCGUGUACAGACCUUAGUACCCAGAAUUCAAAGCUGCGGAGAAAUGGAAUUGAAAACCUUCAAUUCGCUUUUAGGGCAUUUUUGUUUCUCCUCUAGUCAGCACCCGACUGAGCUGAAAAGGACAGCCAUAACCCCCAACGAAGUGGAACGAAAGGAUAAGGGAAAGAUUUAUUUUCCCCUCAUGGUCAAACUGGGUUACCGUAUUAUACACUUUCCACUGCCAGAGAGAAUGACGAAAUCUCGUGAGGUUGUACCAACUUUUGUAUCUGUGGAGAGACAUUUUAAUGUGUUUUGUUACACCUCUCAACUCAAAAAUAAAUCAAAUUAUAAAUUUCUUCGAAAAACAAUAUUUGCGUGGCGCGGCUUACACAUAGCUUUCCCGCAUGCUGUUUCACUGUGCCCGAUCUGGUCAGUUUUGUUCCCUGGUACGUGGCACGUUUUCGUGCAAUCAAAAAAUAAGUGCGCUUGAGUUGGGAGGUAUAAAAUGAUAAAUGAGAUAAUAGUAACAUACGGUGGCCCAUAAGGGACAUCUCGAUAUUUUUCAUUUCCACUUAAUAAUUUGCGAUUUGACUUACUCUCGAUCAAAGUUAAUAAAUAGCAAUACAAACUUAUAUCUCUCGAUCUCGACUUAAAACUUGCGAUGGUAAGUUAUAACUCUCGAUCGCAACUUAUAACCCGCGACCGCCACUUAUAACUCGUAACUGCGACUUACAACUCGCGAUCGCCACUUAUAACUUCCGAUCGCUACUUACGAUUAGCGAUCGCUACUUACAACUCGCGAUCGCCACUUCUAACUCGCGAUUGCCUGUUAAAACUUGCCAUCGCCAGUUAUAAUUCGCGAUCGCCAGUUGUAACUAGCGAUCGCCACUUAUAACUCGCGAUCGCCACUUACAACUCGCGAUCGCCACUUACAACUUGUUAUCGCCACUUUUAACUCGCGAUCGCCGGCUAUAACUCGCGAUCCCCAGUUAUAUCUCGCGAUCGACACUUAUAACUCGCGAUCGACACUUAUAACUCGCGAUCGCCACUUAUAACUCCCGAUCGCUUCUUACGAUUCGCUAUCGCUACUUAUAACUCGCGAUCGCCACUUAUAACUCGCGAUCGCUACUUAUAACUCGCGAUUGCCUCUUACAACUCGCGAUCGCCACUUAUAACUCGCGAUCGCUACUUAUAACUCGCGAUCGCCACUUAUAAUUCGUGAUCGCCACUUCUAACUCGCGAUUGCCUGUUAAAACUUGCCAUCGCCAGUUAUGACUCGCGAUCGCCACUUAUAACUCGCGAUCGCGACUUACAACCCGCUAUCGCCACUUUUAACUCGCGAUCGCCAGUUAAAACUUGUCAUCGCCAGUUAUAACUCGCGAUCCCCAGUUAUAUUUCGCGAUCGCCACUUAUAACUCGCGAUCGCUACUUAAACCUCGCGAUUGCCUCUUACAACUCGCGAUCGCUACUUAAACCUCGCGAUUGCCUCUCACAACUCGCGAUCGUUUUCGAUCACGCGUUAUGCACCUAUCAAUGUAAUGCCGGCGGGGGAGGGGGGGAGGCACGGCAUGGGGUGGGGAUUUGAGUUUUUUCAAAAAUUUGCAAUCAAAAAUUUCCUGCCCACGGGCAAAUCAUUCCAGUCAAAUGCAGCCAAAUUUCCCCACCCCAGGCUGCACAUUGCUGUCAAUCCCAAGGCAGAACCCAAGAAAGGCACAAUAAAAAUAUCUCCAAAUAAAACUCUGCAAUCUUUUAUAAGCGUUGCUGCAUCACCAAAGAUACAUGCUCCCAUUCCAGCUGCAAUUAUACGUUUUAGAGUAGAAUACAUAAACCUUUAGGAGAAAGUCCACAUUUUGUAAGUUUAAAUAUACCGUUCUUAGUAAAGGGUACAAAAAAAGUCAGUUUUAUAAGUUUACACUGAUUGUAGCCAAUGAGCCAUACACUAAUCAAUUGCACUUGGAAAAAUCGACUUGAUUUCUCUUUACUUCCGUUUACUUUGAUACCACAGUAUUUUAAGACGUUCAAUUGAUCAAAAACACCCUAAAACAAACGAAAUUUGAAGACAAAACAGUGAAAUCCACUCAGCCUUCGCUUGUUCUCAUUGGCCUCCAUGACUUCCUGAUCUUUCCAGACCGUACGGCGCAUGCGUGAAGCGUGGAAGUGGGAAACAUGUUUUCGGUAUAAGUCUUUUUCGUCCGAGUUGGCAGUCAAAUAUCUCCACGUCGGGAUAAGGAGAACAAGAUCAGUCAAAUGCCCUACCCCUGGGCCAACAAAGACAAUCAAAUCCCCACCCCCAUGCCCUGCCUCCCCCCCCACCCCCCGCCGGCUUUACAUUGAUAGGUUCAUUAGAGGAUGGCUUUGCACUCCAGCAAGUGAGCGUGCGCAUAUUCAGUACCGACAUCGGGACAAUGCGACAUAGCGGUUGUUACACGGAAUUACUUUGCUGUGACUUUUCUGAUCACUCUUUUCACACUUAAUACCUGUGGAGCUUUUCCAAAUUAUAUUCCUAAUUUACCUAGAGGCAAUGGAGAUGGAGACGCCUUGAUAGAGGACUACUUUGGUCUUGGUUUCAGCUACUCUGAAGUGAGUAGUCUACUAUGUUGGAAAUUAAGCGUCGUUGGUGCGUUCCCUUUGGGUUCCGUGUGCGUUCCCUUCGCGAGGAAACGCUUGCUACGUAGGCUAGUGGGUGGUGGUGGCGGUGGGAAAACAAUAGAAAUGUGGCGGGGGUGGUAUAAAGUUUCACUAUUUACGAAGCAGUGUUGAAAAAAAAGUUGAGUGUAGGGCCGAUGUGAUGUGGGAUCGAUGUAGGGUCGAUGUAUAAAGGUCGAUGUAGUGUCGAUGUGGUCGUGGAUAGAAAAUAUAUAUAAUAAAAUGAGGGGUUAUAAGUAGCGAUCGCGAGUUAUAAGUGGCGAUCGCGAGUUACAACUGGCGAUCGCGAGUUAUAAGUAGCUAUCGCGACUUGUAAGUGGUGAUCGGGAGUUGUAAGUUGCGAUCACGAAUUAUAAGUGGCGAUCGCGAGUUGUAAGUCGGGAUAACGAAUUAUGAGUGGCGAUCGCGGGUUAUAAGUUGCGAUCGAGAGUUACACGUGGCGAUCGCGAGUUAGAAGGUGCGAUCGAGAGUUAUAACUUAUCAUCGCGAGUGUUAAGUCGAAAUCGAGAGAUAUAAAUUUGUAUUGCUAUUUAUUAACUUGGAUCGAGAGUAAGUCAAAUCGCAAAUUAUUAAGUGGAAAUGAAAAAAUAUCGAGAUGUCCCUUAUGGGCCACCGUACUACGUGCCUCCUCCCCCCGCCGGCAUUACAUUGAUAGGUGCAUAACGCGUGAUCGAAAACGAUCGCGAGUUGUGAGAGGCAAUCGCGAGGUUUAAGUAGCGAUCGCGAUUUAUAAGAGGCGAUGGCGAGAUAUAACUGGGGAUCGCGAGUUAUAACUGGCGAUGGCAAGUUUUAACUGGCGAUCGCGAGUUAAAAGUGGCGAUAGCGGGUUGUACAUACAUACAUACAUAGUUUAUUUGGUAACGCAGGUUACAGAAUACGCAAGACUGAAGUCCUGAUGUGGACCUGCCUAUCUACUUGUUAAAAAAAACUAAAGUAUAUACAUGUGAAUAAAUACAAAAUCAACAGAAGUUAAAUAAUAAAUAAUAAUAACAAUACAAAUAUAAAUAAGAUUAAUAAAGAAAUUCCUCAUUCCUAUUUCUUAUCAUGGAAGAUUCCUUAUUAUAGCUUAUAGAAUUAAUUAAGUCCUUGCUAGAUCUAAGUCUUUUUUUAAAACAUUCUAAGCUAGAAGACUUUUUGAUCGAAUCAGGAAGUGAGUUCCAAGCAAUGGCAGCUCUAUGCUUAAAAGUCAGCCUGCCAAUUUCUGAUUUAGGACUUGGAAAUUCAAUAUUCAUUGAUUUCCUCAGGCAGUGAGAUGAUUGUUUUAACAUUACUAGAUCAUUUAAAACAUUGGUAUUGCAUCUAUAGUAGGAUUUAUACGCUUCUAUUAACAGUCUCUUAGUAUAGUAAAAUGAUAAAUUGUUCCAGCCUUUCAAUUUAUUUAAUUGAUCAGCAUUCGAAUUCCUUGAAAGUUUAAAAAUAAGUUUAGAAGCUCGUAUAUGAGCACGCUCAAGAUCAUCCAUUAGUGCAGGUGAGCAGGAACCCCAUACUAGUAUUCCGUAUAAGACACUUGGAAGUACAGUCCUAAAAUAAAUGGUCUGUAGAAUGGAUGAUGGCAAGAAUGUUAUUUUCUUAUUGAAAGAUUUUAACAGACUUUUAGUGUGUUCUUGCCAAGAAAGAUUACUGUCUAUAGUUACUCCUAGACAUUUACAUGAUGAUUUUAAUUCAAUAAAUUUUUCACCAUACUUCAAAGGCAACAAUGGACCAAUGAAUCUUUGUUUAGAUAAUAGUAAGGCUUCUGACUUAGUUUCAUGAGCAAUCAAUCUGUUAGCACCACACCAACUAAGAACUUGAUCUAGUAUAACUUGCAUGGCCUUAAUUAUAGUAUCAAUAUUAUCACUUAUGGUAAAUAUGGCAGUAUCAUCAGCAAACAUAUAAAGUUCUCCCGAGGUUACAGAUUCAGGAAAGUCAUUGACAUAAAGGGAGAACAAUUUGGGUCCUAAAAUUGACCCUUGUGGUACUCCAAUUUUGAUAGAGCUAGUGCCUGAUUUCACUUCAUUAACUUGAACAAAUUGGUUACGAUUUAACAGGUAGCUUCCCAUCCAAGAUAGUAAAUUUCCUGAUAUACCAACAGCUUUCAACUUUUGUGAUAGGAUGGUAUGGUUCACCGAGUCAAAGGCCUUCCUGAAGUCAAUAAACAGAACACCAACUUUAAGAUUAUUAUCUAGGGCCCACUUCCAAGUGUCAGUAAGAUGAAGAAGGAGACCCUCUGUAGAAUGAUUCUUGCGAAAGCCCCAUUGAUUGUCACUAAGCAGGUUCUGAGCUUCAAUGUGAUUGUCUAUGCUGUUGCUUAUAAUGUCUUCAAGAAUCUUUCCUGGGAUACUUAAGAGAGAUAUGGGCCUGAAGUUGCUCAUAUCAGUGGGUGCUCUCUUUUUAAAUACUGGCUUAACACGUGAGUUUCCAGUUUGUUGGAAAAGCUGCAUCAUCUAUACUUUUCUUGAAAACUGGGAGGAGGCUAUGGAUAGAAGAUUCCCCAAGGAGUUUAAGGUCCUUGGGUGAGACUAGGUCCGGUCCAGUAGCUUUAUUCGGGUUUGAUGAUUUUUCAAUUUUCUUCUUCACUAGCUCCCAAUUUAACUCUAUGUCGCAUCUUGUAGGAGUGACUCUUGUUACAUAAGACGUUAAGGUGUUUGGAUCAAGAAGUUCUAAAUUCUUUGUAAGUUCUUCACUGAUAUUAACAAAGAACUCAUUAAAGUAAGAAGCUUUUUCUAGAUCACUGGUUAAUACAUCUUUACUGUCAGUUAUUAUUGGACCAAUAGUACUAUCCUUACUUUUCCUUAGAACCUUGUUGGUUAGUUUCCAAAAUUGCUUAGGAUCUUGAGAAUUCAUAAAUUCCUGUUUCCAAUAAGCAGCUUCCGAUUGUUUUAACAACUUUUUUACUUCAUUUCUCUUGGAUUUAUAUAAUUCCUAUUUGACUUGAUCUUGAGAUGACUUGGCUUCCUUAAGUAACUUAUAGCGAAGAUUUAUUUGCUUCCUUAUGUAAGUAGAAAUCCAGGGUAAAGAUUUGGAUCUUAUUUUAACAUUCCUAGUUGGGAGGUGAUGGUUGACUAUAUCCUUAUAUAAAUAGUCCCACAGGUACAAGCUAUCGUCGACGUCGUCAAAAAUACCAGCCAAUUGCCACGGCGUAUGUUCUAUAUCAUUUCUAAAUUGUUUUAUGUCAAGUGAUUUGUAAGCUUUGGUUGUUAUAUACUUGGGUUUAGGAUUAGCUUUAGUAGACAGCAAAUACUAAGUGAUGAUCAGAAAUACCAAGAUCAAUUGCACCAGAGGUUCUCACUUUGGCUGGUUGGCUGGUGGUGAUGAGGUCAAUGAGAGACUUUGAAGUAAGUGUGAUUCUUGACGGGCAGGACAUAAUGUUUUUAAGGCCAAAAGAGGAGAUUAUCCUUUCCAGCCUAUUUCCAUAUUGAGAUUCAGUAUUACUUGAUCCUUUUAACAUGUCAGAAUUGAAGUCACCCAAAAGAAUAAUAUUUUUCCUUCUUAGCCAGAUGUUUUCUAGCACGUUCCUGAAAUGAUUGAAAAAUAAGGAAUCUUGAGGUGGUCUAUAAAUACAUCCUAUCAGGAAAGAUUGUGAUCUUAUUGUUACAUUCAGCCAUGUCGCUUCUAGAUGGGUGCAGUUCCAACGGGUUACCAAAUAAGCAGUAAGGUUCGUUCUGAAAUAUAUUAAGACACCUCCUCCAGGGCCAGAAUCACGAUCUCUUCUCACAAAACUGUAUCCAUUAAUAUGUAUGUCGCCAUCGCGUGUUAUAAGUGGCGAUCGCGAGUUACAACUGGCGAUGGCAAGUUUUAACUGGCGAUCGCGAGUUAAAAGUGGCGAUAGCGGGUUGUAAGUCGCAAUCGCGUGUUAUAAGUGGCGAUCGCGAGUUACAACUGGCGAUCGCGAGUUAUAACUGGCGAUGGCAAGUUUUAACUGGCGAUCGCGAGUUAAAAGUGGCGAUAGCGGGUCGUAAGUCGCGAUCGCGUGUUAUAAGUGGCGAUCGCGAGUUACAACUGGCGAUCGCGAGUUACAACUGGCGAUCGCGAGUUACAACUGGCGAUCGCGAGUUAUAACUGGCGAUGGCAAGUUGUAACAGGCAAUCGCGACUUAGAAGUGGCGAUCACGAAUUAUAAGUAGCGAUCGGGAGUUAUAAGUGGCGAUCGCGAGUUGUAAGUCGCAGUUACGAGUUAUAAGUGGCGGUCGCGGGUUAUAAGUUGCGAUCGAGAGUUAUAACUUACUAUCGCGAGUUUUAAGUCGAAAUCGAGAGAUAUAAGUUUGUAUUACUAUUUAUUAACUUUGAUCGAGAGUAAGUCAAAUCGCAAAUUAUUGGGUGGAAAUCAAAAAUAUCGAGAUGUCCCUUAUGGGCCACCGUAGUAACACAAUGUUCAAAUUCUGCUUUCUGCUCAGUUCAAUUCUGCAUUAUAAUGACCUCUAAUCUCGUAAAUCAUGAGUUAGUAAUGCCAGUUUUUCUUCUAACACCAUGACAUUUAACACUGUUACUCCCAUUCAUGGAAACUCGAAGAAUCCAAGACAUGUUAUUGACAAUAAACAAUAGUAUAUCGGACAAAGCUCCACCCGCAAUUAGAGAUCUUAUCACCUUACGCUCAUGCAAGUAUAGUCUUCGACAUGAUUAUAUCUUAAAGUUAACACAACUAAAUACGGUCUCAAAUCUUGGAGAUAUUUAGCCGCUAAGAAAUGGAACGAGCUAGCAAAUGACAUCAGAAUUAAAGCAGGCAUCAAUGAUUUGAAGAACAAAAUUCGAUUGUUUAAGUUUGACUAAAAUCGGGAUUUAUAGUAACUGCUGCCUGUUGCUUUGUUGGUUUGAUCGAUUCUUAGCUUUUGCAGUUUUCAUAUGAUGAAUUAUUGUAUAUUUUUAGUUUUUAGUUUUUAAAUUUUUAGAACAUAGUUUUUUUAUGAAUUUUGAAUUUUAAAUUUUUAGAGUUUAAUUUGGCCGUGGAUUACCUGUAAACUAGCUGAUAGCUAAGCGUAAUAUCUUGCCUAGUCCCUACGCCUUAUUAUUACACGCGGUCGAUGCGGUUCGGGUCACGUGGUCCGAGAAAGUUUUUGAGGCCUAGACAAACUCGGAGAAGUGAGAGGGCGCGAUCCAUUCAACCAAAAUUUCCGGAAAUUUCGGUGCAAAACUCAAUGGAUCGGUACGGUCCAACCGGAAAAGUUUCGAAAAAACGGGUCCACCUUUUGAGGUGGACCACUUUUCCCGGUCGGACCGGUUGGAAUUUUGGGGCGCUUUCCAUUUAGGAAAAAAACCCGGAAAUUUCGGUGGUAGCAAAAGUGGAAUUUCCGAUUGGUAAAAAGUUGUUCCAUUUGGUCGUAAACCCCGGUACGUGGAGGUGCCCGACCGUGGACCUGGAACUGGUACAAAGUACGAGAAUGGUAAAUGGAACACGAGAUUCCGUUCGGAAAUUCCAACCGGGAAAACGGGACCACCUUUUUAGAUUUUCCACUUUUUCUGGGAAUUUUCCAGUGGGACGAACCGACGAAACGUGUUCCAUUUACCGCCGAACCGGAAAUUCCGGAAAUUUUGAGUAAAUGGAAAGCGCCCUUGGUUGAAUGGAUCGCGCCCUUUGUCUCACUUGGGGCGGAGCUUUUGGAAGAGGGCGAGCUGUCAGUAACUUUUCCACGCUGAUGAAAGAUGUCCAGUAGCCAUGGAGAGUACAGAGAAACGAAACUUUUUAUUCUAUGCACGUUUUCAUUGUUGAAAGUCCUUUGGCCUUUCUUUUUCAUUUAUCUCAUUAAACUAAUUUGAACUUUAUUUCAUCUCAAAAACUAUUGUAGGCUAAGCAAAACAGCGAGAAUCAGAAAGGUAAGCUAAAGAAAUAAGUUUAUAUUUAUUCUUGGAUAUGAAAAGCUAUCUUUUGUUUCUCUAUUUUCGCUUGCUCCUAUAAAUUUCUCGUUAUCAUUUCACUUCGAAAUAUUUUAUGUGAUUUAAUUUUUGGAUUUGGAAGCUUAUCAAACUAAUCGGACAGGCUGUUGAAUUUGGUCUGUAAAUUUGGUAGAAUGUCAACAAAAAAUCUGUUUCAAUCUUUUUAUCAAUGAAGAAAUAUCAUUUUAAUAGUUCAUUUGAAAAUGAACUAAAAGAGAAAUUAUUUGCACGUUAUACAGUAGUAUUCUUUCCGAUUCAAAGUAAUAUUUUUGUUCUUUGAUAACAGAAACCAGGUUAGUGCCGAUCCUUGAGCGAAGGUUAUUUAUAGAUUAUUUCAGUUGAACGUGGGAACUUUUCAAAAAUGCGUACGCAUGCGCACUCCGAGAUUGUCUAGGCGUCUCCCGGCCGUUCGUCUCGGGUACGUCACCGAAAUGCACUGACCGAGAAAGGCCUGGAAAGACGCCGUAUAGGGACUAGGCAACGUAAUAUCCACGUUAAAUAAUUAUCGUAUCGUAUCGUAUCGUUACUUGUACGAAGACUGCACAAUAAUAUUUGCAUCGCAUUUUAUCAUGUUGUAGCUGAACUCCCACUUCCCAAAGAAAUUCUGUUCCAAGAACAACAUACAAUACUGAUGUAUCAAAAGGCUCUAAGAGAUGGAUAUGUCAAUGUCUACAGGGGUCGCAUUUUUCUGAUCGGUCAGGAUCGUGCUGGAAAAACUAGCCUAAAAAAGUCACUGUUGGGUAUGCCAUUUGACCCGAAAGAAGAAAGCACUGAAGGAAUUGACCCUUCAAAGUGUAAUAUUGAUGUUAAUCGAGUUCAAAACUGGCAUUCCGACAGCAAAAAUACGAUUUUGUCUGAAGUUUCUGGGCAAAUUUCAUUGUCGUUCGCAAUGGAACUCUUUCCUUUAAGACAAGUAUCCAGGGAAAAAGAAAUGAUGGCCUCAGAAGUCUUCUACGUGGAAAUUGUAAAGGUUAGUAAUCUUCAAACAUUUAUUUAUGCAUUUAAUGUAUGUUUUCACUGUGAUGUUGCGGAAGAGGGACUUUAUAUAUGUCAAUUGUUCAAUAAAGUUUGUGUGUAUAAGAGCUUGAUUAAAACUAUCUGUGAAAACAGAAGAAGAAAAUAUAUUGUAGAUAUCGCUAAGUGCCAACGGGGGGGAAACAAUUGGAUGAAUUGAAUUGAAUUCGCACUUCCAAGUUGGCGAAAUCUUGCUAAGUUACAAACCAAAUUUCCCGCUCUUAUUGCCAGUGGUUCUUCUGUGAGCUCUUUGUUAACUUAACUUACCUUAUCUUACACACGAGUCAAGACUUUUCCCGCCUGAACAGUUCCUCGCGCAUCGCCUUUAAAAUUUAUAUUUUUUGUGCCCAAUAUAAAUUGUUAAAAACCGAAGUACUGAGGUAUCGGGCACAAUAAUUGUAGAUAGUUUUAAAAUUUUCCUUUGGAUCCCUGUGAUGAUCAGUUUGCUGUUAUUUCUUCAAUUCCUUCAAGUGCUUCCCGGCAAAAUUGUAUAAGUAUGUCUCGUUUAAACAAACAAAUUAUUCGCAGGGUAACAGGACUGCAGAUCGUCCCAAGGAAGCAACAGCACACAGUUCAACAAGACAGGUUAAAAGAGCGGGUUCCCUAGUGACUGGUGAUGAUGAUGAUGAUCAAACUUCAGUUACAAUUCCCGCUGAGGUUGCAAAAUGUGGUACGGAGUAUUUAACGCAGAAACUUCCACAAGGUCAACAAACUGUCCAUGAUAACAACAGAAAGGGUCCAUUCGUAAACUUAGAGUUAUGGGAUUUUGCAGGACAACAUCUUUACUAUGCAUCUCAUCCUGUCUUUUUCUCGCCACGAGGAGUGUAUGUUCUGGUUCACAACCUGAGCAAACGACUUGAUGCCCUGGCUGAACCCUGUGUUAGACAAGGAACUCAUGAUAUUUUUUUAGAAAACCCAAAUGGUGAAACGAAUAUGGAGAAUUUACUGUCGUGGCUUGUUACGGUUCAUGGUAGCAGACCAAUAGGCGGAGAAUGUGUUGGCAACACCGAAAAAGAAGACCUGGCUUACCUUCGGCCUCCAGUUAUCAUUGUUGGUACACAUGCGGACAAGCCAGUUGAGGACAUUAACGUAAUUACAUCACAGAUACAGCGGGGUAUUUCUGGUAAGGAAUAUGAAAAGCAUGUGAUCAGGCCAUUCUUCAACGUUGACAACACAAAGGGAAAGGGAAACGAAUCUAUGUUAAGACGAAUGAGGAGGUAUUUUGGCCAGCGCCUUGCAGGUAUAGUCUUUGUAUGUACAGAUAUAAAAGUAACAAUACGUUAGUCAACUUCAGGCGCAAAAGGACAUCCUUUAAUUUUAAACAAAGCUUUUGCAUUGGUUAAUGUGAAAAUUAAAGAGAUGGCUAUGGCCGCAAGCAAAUAACGACAUCCCAACUCACUGCGAUAAAACAGAGAAAUCAGUAGAAAUGUCGUCCGAUAAGGUUCUGAUUAUAAAGCUAUAUAGAUAAAAUAUUCUUCCAAGCUAGAAAAAUCAAUGUUUCCCUGUUCGCUGGAAAACUAAAUUAACCUUUUUCCACUGAAAGUAAAUGAUCAUGUUUCCUUGGUCACCCUAGUUACACUCUGUAAUAAAUUAAGGAACUGUUAAAUUCUACCAACCAUUUCUAACAACAUAUUUCGCCAUGCUGCUCUGACCUGUUCAAGCGUCUGCGCCGAAUGAUGACGUCACGAAAAUCUUGAUAUAUUAGUUUGAAUCGCAAUGCAUUGAGGGAAGACGUUCACUCCACUUCUCAUGCUACCCUGGGUGUCAGAGACUUUUCUAGCGCGGUUUCCGGUUUCUGUCAAGUCUUUAUAGUGACCCGCGCGAAAAGCCUCUGAGGUUUUUCUCGCGGCUUCGGCCUUCGGCCAACAACGAAAAUUCCCGCUGCACGCGAGAAAAACCUCUGGUACCCAGUGUAUUUAAAUUCCCUCUUGAUCAGUAAUAAAAAGACCCUGCCGAUCUAGGCGACCCAUCUCCACUGCUCUUAAAUACCAUAAAAUUCGAUAUCGCCUUGACAUUUAUCAAAUUAGCAAAUACUUUGCACAAACACGCCAGCAGAUCACAAAACUCAAACUAAACUAACAGACACAAACAGUAUAUCAAAAUUUUCCCCGAUGGUGUUAACUUAUACAAUCCUAUAUAAACAGUGUUAUUUGAACAAUUAGCAGUUAGUAUUUUUUCUCAUUCAAUGACAACGAAAAAUGGUGGCAAUAUAUAAUUUCAUAGCAGCUUGUAACUGAUCGUUUUGUAAUGUAAUGUGCACCAAUACACGCAGUUACUGGGUUUAAUGAAUUUUUUUUAAGGGCAAGAAGAUGACAGUGUCAGUACCAAAAGUGAUGGCAUCGAUGCCUUGCGUGCUAAAAUCAUGGAAGUGUUGAGACAAGAGCCUUACAUGGGGGAAAAGAUACCAACCAGGUGAUGUCUAUUAUCUGUAUUAUUUCUGCCACAAAGUUUUAGAGCUCCUGGGUGCCGUUCGUGAGCGUCGUACGUGUAGUCAAGGUCGGAAAAAUGCCUAUCCUCAUUUCACACAAUGCUCUUUGCUCCAGUCGCUUUCUCCAGCACCCAAUCGAAAACAGGAGUGACGAAAGCAAACAGACCUGAGGGACUCUUGUGAGAACCUCAAACCAAUGUUAGUCCUGAAACAACAUAUUCACUUCUUGUAACAGGACUCUGUUUAAAUUAGCUUCAUGUGGCCCGCAGUGCAGGCGUUUUCUUCGGGCGCGCUCGCGAAAGCGCCUGUUGAAACUCGAAAAGAGAAAAUGGGGCGAGUCAAAAGGAGCGGGGUCCCUAAUAUUCUUCCGUCAUAACAAAGAUGGCGGUUACAACAGUACGAACAUAAACAAGCAGCUUUCGCCCGCCCAAAAUACGCCUGCACUGCAGGCUAAGCUUCAUGCUAAACCAGAUGUUCCUAUAUAAAUAAAUAAAUUAGUAAAUAAAUAAAUAAAUAAUUGUUCCUAUGAAAUUAGGUGGAAUUCCAUACUGGACCAAGACUUUUCACAAAGACCUGUGGACGCUGUCGAAUGCCUUUUUUACAAUAACUCAGCGAAUCCUCGCGCUCUGACAUGUCGAGAACUAUGGUCUAUCAGAGUAUAAACCAUGGAAAUGAAUUAACAUGUCACGCAGAGCCGGUUGUCUUGUUUUUGGUUCUUCGUAAAAAUAAUUUUUCUCCUCAACAUGGACAAAGAAGAACCAAUUUUUAACAUAUGGGGAUAAAUUUCUGGUAUUUGUUUGUACGACUGCUUCAUUUAUCGCUCAAAUUUCGUCUUCCAAAAAUGUCUCGAAACGAGUCGCCAUCUUGGCUCCGGUCGCACCUCAAAAAAUGAACACCGGAACGGGUAAGGGAAUACCGUUCAUGAGCGGUACAGUGGAUUCUUAAAAUCCGAAUUUAGAUUUGUUCUAAUAAAUCUACUCAGCCUCCGGUAGAAAAGCACUCAUAGGUUGAAAAGUGAAAUUAUAAAGAAGGGCUUGAAGGUUAGCGUACGGAAACAAAAGAAAUUAGGUUUUUCAGCGUUUUGCAAUAGAACCUAUUUUCUGCAAAAGUGUAAGAACUACGACUGUUUUUAAGAUUUCUUCUGUGUACGAUAUUUUUCUUUGUUAAACUUUGUAGGUGGGCACGUUUUGAGAGGGUACUUGAGGAGUUGGUGGCUCAGAGAAUUCAUUACAGGACUGUGGAACAACUUCAAACUUCUGCCAGGAAAGAUUGCUUCAUUCACGAUGAUGACGAGUUUCAAACAAUGUUAAAUUUCUAUCAUGAUCUCGGCCUGAUUAUAAAACACAGGAGCACAGUUGUUCUGGAGACUAAAUGGCUGAUUGACCUGUUUAAAGAGCUGAUUACCAUUCCUCGUUUUGAUAAAGCGGUGAGAAAAAAAGCAAGAGAAAUAAGAGUUCCAUAAUUUUACGAUUUUUUCAGUUGUUGCGUUGGCUAUACAACUUUUACGACUUACCUAAGCAAACCGCUGGAUUCUGCUGCCCUAAAUUGUAAUUGUAAUCUUAAUUGAUAACGUUCACUGUCUUCAUGUUUAUUUGUGACAUCCUUAUGGCAUGUUAGAGGUAUAUGUCUUCGUUUAAGCAAAGUUUGGUAAGUUCAGAGUUACCCUUUUUCCACGCGAACAAGAAUUGAAAGUUACAUUGAUUUUUCACAAAAUAUUUUUAGUAGCUCGCAUCACGUACGUUAUCCACUUUAUUGGAAGAAUGCGGUUUUUAUAAUAACCUGAAAAUGCGAAUCGUGUCGCGUAAAUUAAACCUACGAAACUUAUGAGCAAGCAGUUGGUGUGAUUUAGACACUGAGAUUCACAUAAGAUGUUUAGUUAUACUGCAACAGUGAAGCUUAAGAUAUACAUCUUGGUUGCUGCUAAGCCUGGAGAUCCUAAUACUACAUAUUUUAUUACUUUUAGAACCCUCUUUUUUCACCCUACUGGCAGGAAGUUGAAAAGAGUGGUGUUCUCUGCAUGGAACUUGUCAAUCACGUGUUUUCCAAAUUUGUGGAGCAAAGCGUUGUCAAGGAAGACAUUUUGGAUAUGAUGGACCAGUUUGGUUUGAUUGCGAAAUUUACAUCAAGCACCUCUGGUACCAUGUACUUUGUACCCGCGCAGCUCAAGACCCCACCCACAGAUAUUUGCAAACUACACCCUACCCCAGCUGAUCCAUGUCCACUAUAUCUUCAUUUCCGAGGUGGGUUUGUUCCGAAAGGUCUCUUCAUACGCCUUGUUUCCAGUUCUAUUUCCUGGUGCUGUAAGACUUGGCAGGAGACACCACCGCCUACUCUGUACCAAAAUGGUGCUCAUUUCGUCAUUGCGGGCAAGCAGAUCAUCUAUGAUUUUAUUCUUCUUUGCAAGAAACGUUUUAUCAAGAUUGUGCUGAAGCAAAGAAAUGAAGAUGAAGAGGCAGUUUCAGUGUCUGAAUCAGUUGAAAUACCAAGUCGCGUUCGUGUCUUCAUAGACGACACUUUGCAAAAAUUGUCUCACGAGUUGCCAUGUCUUAGCGGGUUGCAGUACGAGUUAUCCGUUGCGUGCCCCCACUGUCUGGCUGAAUGUUCAAACCACCGGGAAGCUGCAUGUACCCAAGAGGAGUGUUUACACUUUUUUGAAUUAAAGGAAGGGCAGCGACUGAUAUGCACGAAGAAGGUUCGUGAUAGUGUGAGGAGGGUUCUUGGCAUGGAAAAGUGGCUGUCUUUAAGAAGAAUCGAGGUAAAAUAUUUAAUAAAAUAUAGUAUGAAAUGACGUAAAGUAAUCUUUUGCGAUGUUGAUGUUAACAAUACUAACCUGCGUAGCUGGCCACUAAGGUGCGCGAGAAGCGUGCUCGAACGAGUGCUCCCCUCCAUUGCCCCUCUCCAAUCAAAACCGCCAGCUAGUGGUCAGAGCGGGACUUGGAAUCUGAGCCUCCGGAUGACAAGUCAUGUGCGUUGACCGCUCAACUAAUCUUCCUCCGUUUUUGUGGAUAAUGAGUUCAACAUUAUAUACCGGAGAGGUGAAUUAGUUGUAUUACGUGUUACUGUGGUCGGGGAAGGGGGAAUAAGCGAAGUUGGUCUCGUAUGGGUAAAAAAAUCGUUGACGGAAAAUGCCCAUCCUGCCCAUAUCUGGCACUUUUUUAGAACAAGUUUCCUUUACACUGAAGUGAAAGUAAUUUUGCUUUCAUAUCUGAAUAGCCAGAAAUGCUAAAGAUAAUUUAACUUUUUCCCUGUUUUAUCAAAGUUACCGCAUCCAUUUUUAUCAGUUUGUAAAAUUUUUCAGUUUGUAAUUUAUAUUUGUAUUAUUUUUGAUUUGGCGUUGAAAAGGGCUGAAAACUUAAAAGGUAUCCAAGAUUUCAACGCCCUCCCAAUGUGCUGUAGCUGAAACCGAGUACAUACGUACUGUCUCGAGGAGACAGUACCCCAUAGAUUUUCUCAAAUUCCAUAAUAAAUUAGUCUCAGUCUAUCGUACGUUUAACGUUGUUUUACCAUUUUUUGUAAACCAUGUAAGUCUCGGCAGGGAAGACUAAAAAGAAAAUGCUAAAACACUUCAGCAACCAGGCAAGCGUGUUAUCGCCCGUUUAACUCAAUCGGUGGUGAAAUCAGUAUUCACUUUGUCAAACGUAUUGCUCUUUUGUUAGGUGCAGUACACUCCCCGUUUUCUUUGCACGUGGCAAGAUAGAGCAGGUGAAAGUGACCCAGGGAAAUCUGUUAAAGCACUGAAUGUUACUUGUUGGCGAGUGAGUGGGGCUCAUCCAUGGGUGGCUUGUCAACAAUUAACAGAAAUCUCGCCAUUCUACUUGCGAAGCACAGCUUGGUCAACACUACUCUUUUGGUACCACAAUCGUCUUGCAGUGAGGAGGACAGGAGAGACGCUGCAGAACAGAACAUUGUCAUUCGUGAAGCAGAGAGUCUACCAGGAUUUGAUCCUCUUGUCUGGUUGA